GGGAGGGAGGGGAGGCGGCGAGCCUCCGGAGCACUCACGCUCCGGGCGGGUUGGAGAAAGAAGACUUGGGCGAGCGACCAUCCGGAGCGCCGGCUGGGAUUUUGCUCCGGCCUCUCAGCCCAUCCACCGAGACCCCCUUCUCUCCACCCGGCACCCCCAGGCCCAGCUAUGUUGCCCCGGGCCCUGCUCUUCCUCUUCGGCGUGCCCUGCGCUUGGGGCUUCAACCUGGACGCCGAGGCGCCGGCGCUUUUCCGCGGCCCCCCCGGCAGCUCCUUUGGCUUCUCGGUGGACUUUUACCUCCCGGACGCGCAGAGGUAAGGCGAGGCGAGGGCCGGGGGACACACUUGGUGUGUGCAUAUUUUUUGCGGAGGGGCACAGUGGGACAACUUCCACUCUCUUCACAUACACCCCCGCAUUAAUCCGGGGACUCGGAUUGUCUGUGAAAAUGGGAGUGGAGGUGGGGAUACUUGAUCGAGGGACGUGCGCGCACACCAUCCAAGGUGCAGGAGAUUUAGCAACGCUUGGAUAACAAGUUAGAAGGGGAAACGAAAUGGAAUUGGCUCCGAUUGAAUUGGCUUCGGAAAGUGUAUUCUCUCUCUCUCCACUCCCCCCCCCCCGCCCCGCACGACUUCACAAAUCACGCCCCCCCCUCCCUCGGCUGGCCCGCCGCCCGUUCCCUCUUCCCAGCCCCACUAAGUGGUUGCAGACCCACCGUGCCCCGCCUGGUGCGUUUCCUCCCAGCCCGCUCCCGUUACUCGGGAUCUCCGCCCCGCGCACUCCCCUUGGGCGACGGCGCCGCUGCUGCUGUUCCGCGGGAGAGACGCGCGCUGGCCCAGCCCGCCGUAGGCGAGACGGGAGGAUUUUCCGUGCGCGCCCCCCUCGCCUCGCCGCUCUCCGUGCGCCCCCAACAGGCUCCCAACGAAGCAUUUCCUGUAAUCGGAGCUCCGUCCCGCCGCUCUUGUUCCAGAGAUUGGGGGGGGGGAGCACAGAAGAAGGGGGUCGGCUUGGGGUUGAAUGAGUUGGAGUUGGGGGUGGAGAGAGAGAGAGAGAGAGAGAGACGCACAGUCGGUACCAAACCUUUUGUCGGGACCAGGACUAGGGAAGUGGGUCUCUAGCCUGGGACAAAGCGGAGAAGGAGGGUGGGAGUCUGAUUGUUUCUCUUCUCUCUCUCUCUCUCUCUCUCUCUCACACACACACACACACACACACACACAAAGGUGUGCUUAGUGAAGUAGCAAAGUUACUGUACUUACUUCCCUUGCUCCACUCAGUCUUUUCAUAUGGUGUUUUGGGGGAAUGGGCAGGUGGGUGGGGAGGAAUUUGGCAAGGCAAAAUGCUGAAGAUCCUGCUCUGGAUCUCCUCUCCCACAUUUGAGAGAGGGGCCUUAUUUGCAUCUGCUUUGGACGCAGCAGGUCCCAGGUGUUCAUUCUUUAGCAUCCUCAGUCGGGCUGGGAAAGACUGCUUCUCUGAAACCCCCAGGGGAGCUGCUGCCAGUCAGGGUAGACAGUACUGAGCUGGAUGGGCCAGUGGUCUGACUUAGUAUGAAGCAGCUUAUGUGGUGGAGGAUGAGCAGAGCAUCCAGCUAAUCCUCCCUGGACUUUACGGCCAGACUUGCCCGUGCUGAUGGCGUCUAGCAGAAGAAAGCAUGCUCAGAUCUCCUUCCUCUCUGGCCAGGAUGUUCAAGGCAUUGAGAGGGUCGGGUGUGGAGGACGCAUCCGCAUCCUGGUAUGGUAAUCGGAAAAGAAAGGAUGCUGCUUGAGACAGUGGGAAUAUUGUGCCUGAAUAUCUCUCCGUCUGUGACAAGGAGGGGCAAGCUGAGUAGGGCAGCUCCUCCUGCUUGUGCACACACCAGAAGUCUGAAAGGCUUGCGCAAGUCAGAGGUGGGGUGGGUCAUGUGGCACAAAGGGGAGUACAGGUGGGGGCACAUGUGCACGUAAGAGACUUCUUCGACCUCCCAACUGAGCUGCUGCUGCUGGGCAAGUGGGUGGGAUGUUCCAGUGAUGCCAUUAGACAGAGGUGUCAAGCCCCCCCCCAAAAAAAAUUCAAUGAAAGGGCCAGCCCACCCCCCGUUGGUGGGCAUUGCCAUUCCAAUGUUGUGUGUGUGCCAUGACAUGUGAUUGAUUAUAUGGGACCAGGGCCGGCUUACCCAUAGGCGCUAGGGGUGCAGGGCUUUUAGGGGUGCCAGGCCCAGAGUCUGGGUCCGAUAUUUGGAGUCCAGGGAUUGAAGAGCCAGGCCAGCCGCUGCUGAGCAGAGCAGAGCCCGUCGAAGCGCGGCAGGCUUUUCUGCUGCGGGUGCUGCCCUCCUGCGCACGUGGGAUUGGCGGGUCAUUGAGAGGCCUGCCCAGCGCAUGCACGCUGCUCACACAAGGCCCGCAGCUUCCCUCCCAAGCCUCCAUGGGAAAUGCUCUCCUUGGGGAUGCUGGGCAGUUUUUUGCACCCGGCGCCGCAUACACUAAAGACGGCCCUGUGUGGGACAGGGCUUACCUGCCCCUCCAAUAUUUUAUUCAAGUUGGCACCCCUGCCAUUAGAUCAGGACGUGAUAAUUGAAAUGUUUAAUUAAGGGCUUCCCCAUUGCAACUAAUAAAUCUGUGGUCUAAAAUUACUGUAUUUUUCCAUGUAUAACUCGACCCCAUGUAUAAGACGACCCCUAUUUCUGGGAGCCCUCAACAGUUGUUGAGCUUCUUUUGUAAGUCUGCUGAGCUGUUGAGCAGCUUUUCAAUGAGCCCCCAGUAAUAGUGGCACUCACCAAAUUCUCUUUCUAAGCGGGGAAGAGCAGCUAAGCAGCCUCCUCUCUGACAUUUCCCUGCUACUGCCGCAGCACCAACCCUUGCUUACUUAGCAUAUUAACCCGUGUAUAAGAGGACCCUCAAUCUAUCACAAAAAAAUUCAGAAAAAAGGUUGUCUUAUACAUGGAAAAAUAUGGUACCUAACUUCACUUAGGUGUUCAACUAGUGCCACCAACAGUACACAUUCAAAUAUAUCAUUUCUUAAAUUUUAUAUACUGUCCUUCCACCCAAAGGAGCCCACUAGCUAUGUAGUGGGUUUAGUCCCAAAUAUCUCCUUUUGGCCCAGCUUUCCAGAAGGACCUUUACAUUCUGGUGCAACACAGUGUGCAGUGGCUUGGAAUAAGUUCCAUUUAAUUCACUGGGACAUCCUCCCAAGUAAACAUGCAUGCGAUCAGCUUGAAAAUCUCUGAACCCCAUGUGUAGGUCUGCACUCUCUUCUAAUUGACACACAGGGAAUAUAUGCUGUAUACCCUGAGAUGAGAGCUGCCACUCGCUCACAAAUGUGCAACAGAGGAGAGUUGGGAAGGAAAAACUCCACCCUUCCAAGUUUCUUUCAACAUCCCCUGAUUGUGUAGAUGAAAGAAUGGUUUCUGAGUAUUAAAAGAAAGAAAGAAAGAAAGCGGUAACUAAUCUGCCAUGAGCGGUACUUGGGACACGCCCUUAUAAUGUGGCAAAUGGUCUGAUGCUUCAGAGGAGCCAGCGUAGUUCAGUGAUGAGAGUGUUGGCUUUAAGAGAGCUAAGAAACCCCGGCUCAAAGUCCCCACCCUAUAAAGCUUGCAAGCCCAGGUUCCACCUAAUGUAGUGAGCCAGAAGGUCACUGGAGGAAAGGAGGCCCUUGCACAAUUCUGUGUAGUUUGUGCUGGAAAUUGUAUAAAGAAUGGCCUCCCUCUGAGGUGAGGGAUAGGGAACCUGUAGCCCUCCAGAUGUUGAGCUUCAGCUCCCAUCAGCCCUAGCCAACACGGCCAGUGGUUAGAGAGGUGGUGGUAGGUAUAGUCGAGCAACAUCUGGAAGGGUCAUUCCUGUUCCAGGUGCACCAGUCACUGCUUUUGGCCUGGCUGAGAUUGCCUUGGUGAACCAUCCCACAUCUUUUGCUGAGUGCUGCAAUCUUUGCUAUGUAUUUAUUCUGCUUUUCCAAGAAAUUUGGGGCACCAUGCAUGGUCCCAUCCCCGAAGAUUAUCCUCACAGCAAUGCUUUGAGGCAGGUUUGCCUAAGAGAAGGGGACCACACCCAAGACAACCAAGGGAGCAUUUGUAAAAAUUAAGCCCACGUUUUCCCCAGUGUAAGACCAUCACUCUACCCACUACAUUACAUCGCACACGGUGGUGGGGGUGGGCCUCUCACUUACUGGCAUCUGGUUCCAUGCCGCCAGGGCUGGCUGCAGGUGUGAAAGGGCUCUGAGAAUGCAAGCAAUGCUGAGCAGCCUGGAUGCGGACGCUCUUUUCAUUUCCCACAAUGCUCCGCAGCCAACACUAUCCUCCAGAUGUCGGACUCUGCGGCUCCUCUUACUGCUGAUGAUUGGCCACUCUGGUUGCUGUUGAUGGAAGGAGGAGUCCAGCAACAUCUGGAAGGUAGCAACUUGGUUACCCAGAGUGAUGCUAGGUUGGGGACUUUGCAGGAAAUUGGCCUGGUGACUAGAUCCAGCUGCUGGGUGUGCUGGUACAGAAAAAUAGCAAGUAAGGGAGGCAUCACUUUGGGCCCUGCCAAGGUUUUUUGGGCCCUGGCAGCUGCCCCAGCAUGCCAGGUGCUGACACCAAUCCCAUCAUUCCCUCAGGACUUUCCUAUCUGCAUUCUCUUUGUCAACGAGUUGUUGUUUUUUGCGGGGAGGAAGGGGAAAUUAGCUCCUCCCAGAUUGGUGAAACUGCCCAUGCCCUCCCAUUUCCCCCAUUUAAUCCAUACCAUCCCAGUAGCACUGUCACACAAGCAGAAGCAAAUGAGGCACCCGCAGCCGAGGGGCAGAAAUAGAACUUAAUGUGACAUCAUGCAGAUUCCAGAUAGGAAUUGGUGGAUGUUCCUUUUCAGGCAGUUCCCAGUAGUGCUUGCACUUGUCUGGAGAAGUUCUCAUUGGGCUCUGCCCUCUGUGAGCUUGCAAGAAGCAAAUGCAGCAUCCUUCCCAACAUUACGCUGCUCAGAAAGAACCCAGUCGUCCUGGGCAUCUGGCAGGCUGCCUUGCUUGGUGUCGAGCCCUGGCUCUGAGCCAGACACUGAAACCGCCAGGCCCUCUCCUCUCCCCAAGAGACCGAGAUAGUUCCCAGGAGUCCUGGCCCUUCGUGCCUCAGCAGGGAUGGGCUGGCAUGUGCAGCAACUUGAUUCUUCGGGCUCCCACUUUCUAGGAAGGCUGCCUGAAUGCCAAAGCACGGUGCUGGGUGUGAUGUGUUUUCUCCGCCACUGCCACUGUGGCCUGGUGCAGGCUUCUCCACAGGAAACAAGAUUGUCUUUGGAGUACUAGCAGGGUGUUUUGAGAUCCAAAGCAGACUUUGGAGUGAGGAUCUUUCAGCUGUGCUUAGCAAGCACAGUGGUUGGCUCAAAUGCGAUAACUUUCCUAUGUACGGGAUGCAUUUGCAUUCAGGAAAUAAGAUGCAGCCCUGCUUGUGGAUCUCUAUGUCUGAUGUUUGCACAUAGGCUGCAAUGUGCAUGCAGACUGGAAAGCCACAGGCUGCUUACAGGGGUGGGUGGGACAGCCUUCAGUAGCACAUUGCACAUAUACCAGCCAUAAUGUGUGCGCUGGUUGCAUGUUAUUUACCCCACACGUGGGGUUCUCUUUUUUGUCACAUUUGUAGUGACUCUUGAUAAUGAGUGGAUAUGACAGUUCUGUGGUCCAGUUUGCUUUAUCUUUCAUCAGGAUGCUUGUUUGGUUCUCUUCAUGCCAGUAGUCAAGAAGAGACUGCAAUGAGUUCUCUCACUCACACCUCCUUGUAGGAUGCUGGUGUUACCAAGAUACCAAGCGGCUUCUCUAUGAAGGAAUAGAGUAGGGAUACGGAACAUGUGAUUCUCCAGAAGUUGUUAGACUUCAUCUCCCACUACCCCUGGUGACUGGCCAUGCUGGAUGGGGCUAAUGGGAAUUAGAUUACAAAAAUAUCCAAAGAGCCGUAAGUUUCGCAUCCUGAGAUAUAUUUGUAUGGUGAUAGUGGUGCUGUUGUGACCCACCUUAGAUCAGGCCAGGACUGCAUCUGAACAGCCACAAGUUCCCCAGCUCUGGAAUAGAAUAGGGAUCUGAGUUAAUAAUAUCUGUCUGUCAGGUGUGGAAUGGGGACAGUCAGACAGUAGCUUAGGAUCAGGCCUGUGAAGAUAAUAAUAAUAAUAAUAAUAAUAAUAAUAAUAAUAAUAAUUUAUUAUUUAUACCCCACCCAUCUGGCUGAGUUUCCCCAGCCACUCUGGGCGGCUCCCAAUCAAGUGUUAAAAACAGUACAGCGUUACAUAUUAAAAACUUCCCUGAACAGGGCUGAAUGUCAGGUAGUUGUUUAUCUCAUUGACAUCUGGUGGGAGGGCGUUCCACAGAGCGGGCGCCACUACUGAGAAGGCCCUCUGUCUGGUUCCCUGUAGCCUCACUUCUCGCAAUGAGGGAACCGCCAGAAGGCCCUCGGCACUGGAUCUCAGUGUCCGGGCUGAACGAUGGGGGUGGAGACGCUCCUUCAGGUAUACAGGACCGUUUAGGGCUUUAAAGGUCAGCACCAACACUUAAAAUGAGGCUGUGGCAGAGAGAGCAUGGAUGCUGUUUUGAGGCCCCUGGAGUUGUUGGCAUCCAUCUGUCUUGAGAGACAAUGGAGGGAGGGAGCUUCCAGGGAUGAAAUUAAACUGCUGUGUUAGCAGCACUGAAGUGCCCCCCCCCAGGGUGCCAGCCUGGACAGUGUGUGUGGAGGUCCUGGCCUGCCCAGAUGAUGUUCCCCGUUUCGGCCUUGCUGAUGUGGUUCAAAGGAAAGCAGUACAACUGGCACCAGCUGGGCUGCAGGAGUUGCUGGAAGGAGGUGUGCAAGGCACCAUCCAAUCGCCUUAGGGAUUCCAAUCUGGAAAACCUAGCCUUUUAUUCUGAAGAUAUCCCACAAGGCAGCAGAGGUUUAGGAUCAGCAUUUCUUUCUGCUUGGUGGGCCAGGUUCCCAGGCUGACAAGCCCCACCUGCCCCUCACUUCCCUCUACAGCACAUGUAGAACUACCUUCUUGACUGUUGGACCCACUAUUGGUCCGCUCAAUCCACCAGAGUCUGUCUUUGCAUGCAGGGCAAGUUCCUAACUCACUGAGGGCUUGAGACCCAUCAGCUACCUUCACCUGGUUUAGCCGGCCAGUCAAAGCCAUUCCUGGGGUGUGGCUGCUGUCGCAAGCUGGCAGCUUCUAGGAGCCACAGGAGAGCUGAGUGCAGGGUGGGGACCAAAGGUGGGCAGACCACCCCAGAAGGAGUACAAUGUGUCCCCCACCAGAAACGCUACCCUAACACCCUAUACACCCCUGUCCCCGGGAAAACCUGGUGCCCUCCAGACUAUUGUUGGACUACAACUCCCAUGAUCCCCUGCCAUUGGCCAUGUUGGCUUGGGCUGAUGGGAAUUGACUCCAGCGGGUUCUGUGCCUCUGAGCAAGCACUUGGUCUUGCACUGACACAACACGUUUGAGCUUCCAGACAAGACAGCCUUUGCUCCUUGACUGCUUCCAGGGCUCUUAGGCAAGGACCUGCAAAUUCAGCUGCAAUGCCUAACGGCCCUCUCCUUUCUGCUGAUCUUUCCCUUCCCCUCUUCUCUGUUUCCAUACUGCAUUUGAGGUGCCCGAAGCUGCAGAAAAUCAAGGCUGAGACAAAGAAGUGUCUGCCUAAGCAGCUGGAGCAGGUGUGCAGUGACCACAAACCCACCAUGGUUGGCUCCCUAGAAACAAUCCAGCCAGCAAGAUGGUCCUAACUGCUGCAUAUUGCAGAGCUCAGUGGGGUCUCCUGGUCAGGCAGCCCAUUUCAUAGCAUUUUAUAAUUCUGAGCACAAGACACAAGGUUUGAACAGAUCAACAUUGGGCCAUGAAGAUGAUUUCUCUGCUAAGUCAUUGCUAAGAAGUGGCAACCUUUCCAGGUACUGCACAAGUUCACAAUGGCUGGCUUGGCAUCUGAGUAGCAGUCACUAAUUAAUUACGUAAAGUGAAAGAGACAAAGAACAUUCCAUGCAUGUCUUUGUCCAGGCUGUUGCUUGAAAUUCUUGGCAAAAGAUUUUGGUCUAGGAUCUAGAUUUGGACAGGAGACAGGAGGGACGUGCAUUGAACCCUAAAGAGUUGGCAGUUGGCCCACAAAGAUCCCUCAGAGAUGUUUAAUAUCUCUGGUUCAGGGUAUUAGUAAAGAUGUAGUUAUGCUCAUUCCGUCUGGGUCAAGGGCAGUUCAGAAUUAGCAGAGGAUUGUCCCCUCAAAAGGCCCCUCUAAAUGUUAUUUUCCUCAUGGUGAUUAUCGGGGAAGUUUUAGGCAAUUCCUCCUUCAAUACUGUUUCAAGGUGGAGAAACUGCUUCAUUUUCAAUCGGUGCAUGAUCCUGUAAGUUUCUGCUGGACUAAUGUAAAUGUACUAGAAAUUUUGCUGGUGGUGAUGUUCUGUGUUUGUUACUUUAGUGCAGGAGUACUUUUCCUGACAGCCAUAAUGUGUAUUGUUGCACCAAAAGAUGUUGCAGAAUAUGCCUCAAAAAGCCCACCUACAGCAGCCUGCAGAGGCUCAACAUCACUCUUCUCAAGCUCCUGCUCUACAUGUAUGUCGUGGUCUAAGCUGUGUACAGUUGUAGGGAAACAAAUUCAGCCUCUUACAUGUAGGCUUUCCUAACAGCUUAGAGGCAAGCCCUAAAAAGUAAUUUGUUUGCUCCCCCCAACCCCUGCUUCUUUCAAAAUAUUUGUUUUUAAGUUUGUGUGUUCUAAAUGGAUGAGUCAUUUGUAAUGUCCUGAUGUUGUGUGUUAUGGUGAUAUAACAUCAUUCCAUGCUUUGAGUGGUGUCUCAUUGGCUGUCCUGAAUGACAUGGCUUGAUUUCCUUGAAAUUCAGUAAUGUCAGGCAUGGUUACAUAAUGGCAACCCAUUUUCUCAAUGGUACUGGAUCUUCUGUGUAGACACACAUGAUGCUCUUCACAGAGGUUGUCCCCAUGCUACAGAAGUCCUCUAUAGAAGAAAGAGCACCAAGCCCAUGAUUCUCCCCCAGCUCAGUGAAAAAGGUACUUUUCCAGUAAAAGGUCCAAAUGUUUAUUAUGCUCCCCCCACCCCCACCCCCGCAAACACUGGUGGAUCUUUGUUCACAACCAUUGUAACAUAGGAUGGUUGAAUCGAGAGACUUGGGGCAAGAUGUGAUAAGCCCUCCAAGACUCUGGAGACAAUUGGGAAUAGGUUCUUAUCAACUACAGACAACAAACAUAAAUACAUAUCAAAAGCUGCUUUAUACAGAGUCUAGCUCAGUGUUAUUUACUCUUGACUGGCAGCAUCUCUCCCAAUAUCUCCAGCAGAGGUGUUUGCUCAGCCCUGCUCCCUGAGGUCGCUUAAACUGCAGGGGUCUGGAUCUGGGACUUGUACAUGGUAAGCAUAUAUUCUUCCACUGAGCCAUAGCUUUAAAAAAAGAGAAAAAAAUGCAAAACUCUUUGCAGCUCUUGCAAAUGUGACCUUUUUAUGGAUUGCCAAAACAAAGUUCCUUGCCGAGAUUCCAGGGCGGAAAGUGACAGCAUUAGCUUUUUUAUUGCAGGAAGGGUUGGUUGGUGCAAGGGGUGGGUUCUGUACACAGCAGUCACUUCCUGGCAGGCUAAGGAAGCCUGGUGCUUCAGUGCCAACUGUCCCUGUUUUAUGGUUCCUGUCCCUGCUAAAUCACUGUCCUCCUUUUGUCUCUCAGAAAAACACUGAGUAUACAUUGCAAUACAUACACAAUAGAUCCUUCCCCCGCCCAGGGGAAGUUAAGUCUCUGCUUUUGGGAGGAGGAUGUGUGCAUGUUGAAGUUGGUGCGCGUGCAUGUCAAUGUAUGUGCAUGGACACACAAAUCUAGUUUAUUGCUUCCUUUCCUUCCUUCUCCUCUUCUGUGCCUAUCCAGAUAGUAAAUGUGUCUGAAUGUGGCAGCUAUUCCAAUAAUAAGUACAACCAGAUCCACUGAAAGACGUUGUAUUAAGUUUUUAUUUAAGCUGGGGGUGGGGGAACUAUGGCAAUUUUACAAAGAAACGGCUUCCAAAACCAGAGCAAGGCAGCUGCUGCUGAGUAUACAAAUACACUGUAUAGCUUCAGGCUCCACUGGGUCUGGUAGUUCAAUGGGUAGGGUAGGGGCAUGUUGCUGUUAAAACCACAAGGCUGUGGGUUCUAGGCCCAUGGGGUAGAGGGACGGCUGUAGCUCAGUAGUAGAGCACUUGUUUUGCCAGCAGAAGGUGCCAGGUUAGGGUGGCAAGACAUAAAAGUGAACAGGGCUCCUGCAUUUUUGUGGAAGGAGGAAUUUCAGAGGCUUUAGUUUGCCUGGGAAGCGCCAACUUUUGAAAUUCCCUCUUCUGGGCAACAGCUGAAAGUGCAGGAGCUGCUGUCUUUUGCAUUUGAAUAUUCAGUUCUAAGUUUGAUCUCUGACACCUCCAGGUAGAGCCUGAAAAGACUCCUGGUCUGAAACCCCGCAGAGCUGCUGAGAAUCGAUGUAGACAAUUCUGAGCUAUUUUAUGGUGGGUGCAGCGUUAGAAACUCAGAUAUAUAAGCUAGGCACCCAAUAGCACCUUAAACCAAGGUUAUGUUUACCAAAACGGAACAUCUAGUUGCCAUUUUGGGGCAAGAUGGCUAUAAAGUAUUAUUUUUCAAAGGGUGGAGUGAUGGUGAUUGAUUAUCAGUAAACAUCUGGCUUGCCCAGAUGACAACCUUGAGCUCAGUUAAGAGCUUUGAGAACUUAAAGAAGAAAAGUCACUUGAUGCAGGGGCCGUCCACAUAUAUAUUGUUCUAUUCCUAGUUUUUAUUAAAAGUUUUUUUGUGUUACAAAACAAACAGAAAAGAGAUGGUACAUCAGUUGUCUCCACUUUCGAUUUGUAGUUUUUCAGAGUUGGUUCACAUUUAGUGAGAGACACUUUUGCCAUAGACAUCUUGCAUUUGGGGGAAGGAGACAUGGGGUAUUGUUCUUUCGUUCUAUUGCGUAUUAUUAGUGUAGGGCGGUUGUGUCAGCAUCACAUUGGUAGGUCCUUUGUUUAUGUAUUUAUUUAUUUGUAUUGAUAAUGCAAGAGGUUAGGGGGUCCUGAGCUUGGCUGGCUACGUUCAGUUGAUUGCAGUGUGACUUGUUUGCAGGGGGAACUUGUUGCUGACCUUUUUUUCUUAAUGGUGUCUGCUCCUGCUCUGGCUGCACAGAAAAAGCAUUUUGGUUCCAGAAAUUCAUUCCAAUUGUGCAGAUAAAAUAUAACUGACAGAAAUCUACAGGAUGGGGCAUUAGUGUGUGAAAACAGUGCAGAUCCAAUGAUCCCCAGAUAGUGGAGAUGUCAGGUGCCAUCCUGGUGCCCAGGCAUUUCACUUGGUCGCAAGUGGUGCAAAAUGCCAGGUGCAAAAUGCUUGGCUAAUGUCAAACACUGGCCAGGGUUAGAAACGGGGAUACAAAAGCUAGGAGCUACAUGGCUCCUGGGACCUGGAUUGCGGGCGCUAAAACAGAAUGUUUAGUUACCGUUUAUGUUUGGAUUUCUUUUUUAAAGACAGAUAGCAGUAUUUUUAUUUAUUUUUUGCUGCUGGAUGAUUCAGGGGGUCUGUAGGGUAGCGCAGCAGCAAAAGUUUCAUCUUUUACUGCUGCGCUACCCCCCAAAACAGCUGAUUUGAGUGGCAGUGCGGCAGCAGCAAAAAACAAAGAUUUGUCUUUUGCUGCUGCGCUAUGGGUGAAUCAGCUGUUUUGUGGGGUAGCGCAGUGGCAAAAGAUGUGUCUUUUGCUGCUGCACUACCCUGCAGACCCCUUGAAUCACCUGCCCAGGCAGGUGGAGAUGCUAGGUGCCAGCCAGUCGCAAAAUGCAACUACUGCUCGGCUAAUUUUGAAUGCUGAUUAUUGCCACCCAGGGGGCUACAGUGCAUCAACUUAAAACCCAGACCAUUUGUGAUAUGAAAAGUUACAGGAAUUCAGCAGUAGGGUGCACAGAUUGGAAAUUAAAUGUGUCCUGAAACCUUUGCAAGCACAGUGUUGAAAGCAGGUCCGUGUGGUCAACCCAGUAUAGCACUGUGGACACAAAGCAUCAUGAAUGUGCAAUAAAAAGGGUUUCCAGAAGAGACCUUUGUCCUGCACAAUUACGGUUAAGUUAUUGAGUUUCAAAAGCCCUUAACAACUUGGGGCCACUUUACCUACGGGAUCGCCUUGCCUUACAUGGACCCAUUUGACCACUUCCAUUGGUGGAACUGGCACUAUGACAGGUGCCACAUAAUCCCCGUUCCACAUUUGUAAGAACUCAAUUCUUUACUGUGGCAGCGCCUGCAUUUUGGAGCUCCCUGCCUACUGAGACCAAGCAAGCGCCUUCAGUGUCCUCUUUUUGGCACCUGCUAAAAACAUUCCUGCUUAGACAAGCCUACCCAGAUGCUUAGGAAGUUGGGGCAAUUUUAAUUGGUGUAGUAUUUUAACUUUUGUAUGUUUUAAAGUGUGGCUGUACAUUUUCCUUGAUUUUACUAUUUUACCUUUUGUAAAAUGUUUUGAGGGGGUUUUCUUUGCAAUCAAGCAGUGUAUGAAAUAAAUUAAUUGCAAAGCAUUGUGCACAACAUUGAUGAGACUUGUUUCUGAGAUACUAUACUCCAUCUUAAGGAGAGCAAGACAUGGAUGGGGUUGUUUGGAGUAGGCAUAUAUAAGGCAGAUUUGGGGGGCUGCCCAAGAGCAGAUGGGGUGGGACUAGGGAAAUCCAGUGGUACCAAAGGUGCAGUAAAGAGCGGUGGCUGAAGCAGAGAGGUCUUUUGCAGGGCAGCUUAAAGUAACAGAGAGGAGAAGUGACUGUCACAUUGGUGUUGGUGGCAUCCAGCCCCACUGCAGAAAGUCUGGCUAAUGUGGUUGAGUGACUCCUUCCCUUUGAUUCAGAGUUGGCAGGGGGUGGAGAGAUGAGAGCUUUGAUGGCUUUCUGUCUGCUCCUGGUUUAGUCUAGAGCCAGCUUUCCUCUUUGCUCAUCAGCCAGGGGUGUGCCCCUCCCUCCCUUGCUCAGCUAGCAGGACCCCAGACGGCACCAGGCCAGAGGCAGCUUUGAGGGGCCCCCCCUCUCUCUCUCCAGCUGAGUUUGAGGAACGCAGGGUCCCUGGUUGAUGUGUUGAGAGACCAGGAAGGGUAGUGACACUUACAGUAAGGUUUUGUGCAGAUCACCUUUACUAAGUGUGGGUGGGUGUUAUUGAAAGUUCCAUGGACAUUUUCGAAGAGGUACAGCAGCUUGGAUGAAACAGUUCUCACUGACUGUGCUUCUUCAACACAUUGCUGGAAAGGAAAUAAGGAGAAGGUUUAUAGUUUUAGAUGUUGCCAUCAAAGCAGGGACAUUAAUCAGUGUCCAUUUCCAGGAAAGGCUGCCGUAAUGGAAUGACAAUGGUCUAGGCUGCUUCUCCAAUUCUAUCACAGAAAUGUAGGAAGCUUCCUUGUACUGUCCCAUCUAGCUCAAUACUGUUUACUCUGACUGGCAGUGGCUCUCCACACUUUCAGGUAUGGGGCAUUCCCAGUGCUGAACGGAGUUGCUGGGGAUCCAUCCUGGGACCUUCGGCAUGCUAAGCAGAUACUGUACUGCAAAACUAUGGCCCGGUGUAUCCUUGAUGCUUCUUGCAUGCCUGCGACGUGCUCACACUCUGGCUCCCCUCUGACAAACAGAACUGCUGCAACAGGCAGGACUUGUGCAGAGGCAGUAUCUCUUCUGCCUCUCAAGAGACUCCUCAGUUGCGGCCGAAGGUCAGCCUGCAUGGGAGGUCAGGAAAGAACCUCUUCCUGACCCCUGUCCAUUGGCUGACCUCUCCCACUUCAGCCCCUGACCUCUGCCACCCAUUCUCAUCUUCUUGGUUGAAAUGCAAGCCCUCUAGCUCAGCCCUGUGACAGCUUCUGUAUUUUUUUCGGUGCCAAAUGUCUGUGGCUGUUUGCUUCAUCUAUGCUCACCAGCCCCAACUAACUUCUUUGGAUGACUUGGCAAUGGCUGGGCUCACAAUCAUAACCAUGCCGGUGAGAUUUCAGUAGCUCUGGAAUCAGACCCCUUAUGUUGUCUCUUAAAAGGGUUCUCCAUGGCAAAACCAGCUUGACUUGCUCAGUGUUUGGAUUGGCUGCAAAGGGCUUACGUCCACGCUUGGAUGCCAUUGUCUCCGGGGACUAUGGAACAGCAGCACCCCAUAUCCAUUUAUUUAUUUAUUUAGCACCACCAGCGCUUGACAAACUCAAGCAAAAAGGCAGAUCUCUUCCCCUUAAGGAGCUUACAUUCUGAUUCAUAGGAUUGUCAAGUUGGAGGGGAUCCCAAGGGCCAACCCCCUGCAAUGCAGGAAUCUCAGCUAAAGCAACCAUGGCAUAUGGCCAUCCAAUCUCGGCUUAAAAACCUCCCAACGACGGGGAGUCCAACACCUUCCAAUGAAGACUUUUCCAUUCUUGAAAAAGUUCUUACUGUCAGACAGUUCUUUCCAAUGAUUAGUCGGAAGCUCCUUUCUUUCAACUUGAAGCCAUUGGUGCAAGUCCCACCCUCCAGGGAAGGAGAAAACAAGCUUGCUCCAUCUUCCAUGGAACAGCCAUUGAGAUAUUUGAAGAUGGCAAUCAUAUCUCCUCUCAAUCUCCCCUUUUCCAGCUCCCUCACCAUUCCUCACCCUUGAUCAUCUUGGCUGCCCUCCUGCACACAGUUCAGCUUGUCAAUAUCCUUCUUAAAUUGCGGCACCCACAACUGGACACAGUAUUCCAGAUGUGGUUGACCAAAGCAGAACAGAGCAGGGCAAGGGCGAGGAAGUUGGGGCCCUCCAGACUACAGCUCCCAUCACCCACGACCACUGGCCUUGCUUGCUGGGGCUGAUGGGUGUUGGAAGCUGGGCAGCCCUUUCCGUUACAGUGAACAAGUUCUUCCUCGGGUGACAGAUGCUGGUUUCCUCCAUUCCUCUGUAACUGCCUGCACAGGCUCUGUUGAACAGUGGCAAGCAGGGCAGACCAAGAUCGGGAGGAAAAGGAGGUGGUGGGCAGCAGAGCUGUGGAGAGAUGCACAUCUGUGAAAGAUCCAACUUUGUGGCCACAGGGUAAUAAUAUAUGUGCCAGUACAAGCUGACCCUUAUUAGCUUCAUCUCCUCAGAUUUGUGAAACAGAUGGAGAAUUGAGAAGGUGGUACAUAUACACAGGCCAGCUCACUGAGGAAUUCUCCUUUAGGAACAGACGAUGCCAGUCUUCUACAAAAUCAGACCAUUGGUCACCCUGAUUUCUGCCAAGCUGUGCAUAGGAUUCCAUGGGUCAUGGCUCUCAACCAGGGCCUGCGCUCCUUUGGAGAAUUGAAGAUGUGAUGGAGACUGUCAUAGCUCUAAGCUAUAUCUAGCACAGUACUGUCUACAACAGCCUUUCCCAACCCUACCAGGAGAUGCUGGGGAUAAAAUUUGCCGGGGAAUCAAACCUUUGCACUCUUCCCACUGAGCGGUGUCCCUGCAUCUUCCUUUUUACAGCUCCAGCCUAGCAUAAUCCACAUUCCUUUUCCCAGGGAGACGGAUGUGGAGUGCCAGCUUGGGUUGCUGCCUCCAUUAUCAUCAUCAAAGGCCUCAGAGCGGGACCAGCUGCCUCUCCAGCAGGUUGCAGAUUAACCAGCCCUGCUUAUUGUUGGCUGUUGAUUCACCCACCUGAAAAUAGAGGCUGCCUUCAGAGGUCUAGGGAAUGGCCAUGGCCUGAAGGCUGGUGCAGCCCCAGACUGUCAGAUUUGUUUGGACUCCUGGCAUUUGACCAAAUGGUCCCCAGCAGGAAAGGAAGGCAGAGCCGCUAUCAGAUUUAUUUCCCCCUUCAGCUGGCCGCCUACUUAUGCUUCUUGACCCUCCUUUAAUAGUGAAUCCUGCAUAUUGGAAGCCACUAGAAUCCUAUCUACCUGCACAAACCUGGCAGCGUGUGUUGCAUACGUUGCUAGAAGGUUGUCUUUUUGCCUUCUGGUUUAUUAAGAGGCAGGAGCAAAGGACUCUGUGCCUUUAAUGACCAAGGCCAGUGUGGUUCUUUCUCCAGCAGCUGCCCCGUGGGUCAUUGCCCCUGCACCCCAUUGUCUCUGCAGCCAGCCCACCUGUGGCUCACGACACCUGUAGUUCUGAGACGAGAUCUCCAGAUAUGCAGUCCUUAUCUAGGUUUGAGCCCUUCAGCCAUCAUGCCUCACCUGUGCAGUAGCCUUGAAAGCAUGUUGCAACAAAACUCCCCCACAGCACUGAGUCAGCAGGGUGAGGAACAGAUUCAUUGUUUUUCCUCUGUUGACAGCAAUCUGUGUGUUGCACAGGGAUAGAGGGGAAAUGGGGGUGAGUGGGAUGGGAAAAUCUUGCAAUGCAAGGGGUGCAAUCUCUCUCUCUCUCUCUCACACACACACCACUCUAUAUUUCAGAAACUUGUUUGUUUGCAGUGCAUUUGGAUACCACUUGAGCUACUGUAACCAACUUUUGCAUUACAGUUCCCAAGAGCAAGAAACAGGUUGUCAACUGCAUCUGGAUACAGCUGGGCACCAUUUUGAAUGAAGAUAAGGGACUGAACCUUUAGAAAAUGCCACUGAUUUAAAAACUGGCCUGACUUCUUUGGUUUCUUAGAAUUCUUAGACCAUGCUGGGCACAAGGUGCUACAUUUGUGUGGUGGAGAGAGUGAGAGAGAUUUCUAUGCCAAGCUCAGAUGCUUACAUGUUGAGCACAGUGGUAAUCCACCACAGCAGUAGUCAGCUAGGAAGGUUUCUGCUAUUGCCAAUUCUGCUUUUGUGUGUUGCUGCUGGACAUUUCAGACAAUGUGUCUUGCAUUUCAUGGCCUUUUGGCUUCACCAUUUAUCAGUUUUGCUCUCUUCCAUACUCACACAUAUAUGCCCCUGCCAGUUGAGAGUAAUACCUUAUGCAUUUAAUGACACAUGGCUUUGGUCCACAAAAGCUCAUGCCACAAUCAAUCUGUUAAGUCUUUGAAGGUUGCUGCAAGAUUGCUUUGCAUGUUGGCUGGGGCUGAUAAAAGUUGGGAGUCCGACAACAUGUGGAGAGCCACAGGUUUCAUAUCCCAGAAGCCUCUGCAAUGUGCAGAAGAUCCUUGAUAGAUGUUCAGAGGUUUCAUGCCCCAUGUGUUUCCUCUUGAGGCUGUGUUGUUGUUGUUGUUGUUGUUGUUGUUAACACCUGCAACAUCACAGUUUCCUCUUCCUCUUGAAUCAAGAUAUUUUGACUGAGGUGGAAGUUUGAAGGCAAAGAGAAUGAGGGACUUGAUUUGGGCCUGCAAAAAGUUAAAUCUACCAGGACAGUGGUGAAGCUAGGAUGCCGGGGGGGGGGCUGUACUGCUUCCUGGAGGGCAGAAGGUUACCCCAUCAGGCCAGAAAUGGUUAGCCACCCCAGCUCUGGGUCUUGCUCCUCUAGGUUAUGUCUGAGCCACAAGGCACUUUGCUUGCUUCCUGUUGACUGUAGUUGCAUGCCUCUCUAGAUGUUGCUGGACUACAACUCCCAUCUCCCCUGGCUAUUGGUCAUGCUUUCUGGGACUGCUGAGAGUUGUACUUCAGCAACACCUGGAAGGCCAAAGGUUCUCCACACUUGAUAGAAAGGCUUUGUAAGUAGAGCUCACUGGGGAGAAGAGACAGUUUUAGCUGAAAGUCUCAAAUGUUCUGCCUGGGACCUGGCAUGUCUGCAUUGGAAGGGGGCUGUCCAUAGCAAGGGGGCUGCCAGUGAGUGUGAUGCUCAUGCAAGCUGUUUUGGGCCCAGGUGUGGUACAAAAUGCAUGUGCUAAAGGUCAUUGUUGCAAGUGUGUGUGUGUGUGUGUGUGUGUGUUGAUUCAGCCAACACCAAUCUUGUUUGAGCUAUUCUUCAAGUGUGUGUGUGUGUGUGUGUGUGUGUGUGUGUGUGUACAUGCACACACAUACACACCCCUUAGACUGGAUUAUGUGGUCAGAAAGGCAGCAUUGCUCUGACAACAUAUAAGGGAGAGAGUAGUCUCAGGAAUGUGAGACCUGAGCCUUUCAGUGGCUUUAUAAAUCUACAAACAGCACCUUGAAUUGUGUCAAGAAGGCAGUCUGGGAACUUAUGUGGAUGUUGCAGCAGUGUUGCUGGUGCGUUGCCAGAUCUCUUUGUAAGCAAACUGCUUUUCUGUGGGUGGCUCCUCGUGCCCUGUUAACACGCAAUAUAAAAUGUCCUGCUUCUGAAUACCAGUUGCUGAAAACUGAAGGAUGGAACCUUUCGCCCACCCAUGCAGAUUGCCACAUACAUCAGGUAACACAGAGAGCAGGGGUAGCCCAUAUUCUGGCCAUUCAGAUGUUGUUGGACAACAAUUCUCCCAACCCUGGCUGGGGCUUAAGGAAGUUAGAGCACAACAUGUUGGCUAUUCCAGAUGUAGUCCAUCCAUUACCUGCCCAGCCUGUCUGGAGGGCCACAGAUUCCCAAUCCCUAAAGAAAGAAGUAUCUGAUCACUCAAUGCAGCCUGAUAUUCCCAGCACUGCAAAAUAUUUACAGGCAGCUGCAGUGCCUGAGAGAUUGGAGAGCAGGAGGCUUGUGAGCAGUACAGUGCUGAAGGAAACAAACAGUGCUAUAUCUUAUGCCCCCCCCCCCCCCACUCUCUGGCUUCCUGAGGAUGUGACAGGGUGACAGCCCCCAAAGGGUAUUGUUGUGUCAUUUGUUGGGAGGGAAUGUUUUGUGUUUGUGUGUAGCAGACCAAACUGGUUCACACAUGCAGCUACUUUGUUAUCUUACCACUUGACAACACAAUGACUUGUAACUGAUGGGAAUAAACAAUGCUGUGUCAUUUGAAAUCUCUCUUUCCACCUGCUAAGAAGCUAAGAACUCAAGAAAAGCCCAGCUGGACCAAGCCCAAUGCCCAUCUGGUCCAGUGUCUUGCUCCCGCGAUGGCCAACUAGAUGCCUAUGAGAAGCCUACAAGUUAGGAGUGUUCAGUGCAACAGUCCUCUCCUCCCUUGUGAUUCCCAGCUUCAAAUAAUGAAGGCAGGAGGUAGCUAAACCUGUCCUCAGAGCUGUCCUGGAUGUUUGCCCUCUGCCGGCUGAGGAGUAGCUUACUCCCAAUGCCAGUGACACCUCUUGACCCUGUUUUGUAUGAUCAAUUCCCCACUCCCAGAAAAAGGAUAGACUAACACAGGGGUCAGCAAACUUUUUCAGGAGGGGGGCGGUCCACUGUCCCUCAGACCUUGUGGGGGGCCGGACCCACCGCCUCCCGAAAGGCCCCCCCCCGCCUAUGCCACUCACGCUGCAGCCGCCGACGCUUCCUCGUUCUCUGCGGGGUACAGAGUCCACACCACUGGCCUGGGCAGCAGAGGCAGCCUCCACACCGCUGCCGCUUCCUCCCACUGGACCACCUUAGCGGGAAGGAAGGGGCGGCGCCCAGAGGUGCCCACAGCUUCUGAUUGGCUGCAGUAGCUUCCUGCAGCCAAUCAGAAGCCAUGCCGCAUCGCGGAAGUCAGUAUUCGCACAGUGAGGCCUCUGUACCAUGCCUGUUUAGCACGGGGACUGACCGAGGGGGCAGCAGGGUCCGCAAGAUUUGCGGGCCGGAUUAACAAGCCUGGUGGGCUGUAUCCGGCCUGCGGGCCUUAGAUUGACGACCUCUGGACUAACAUAUCCCAUUGCUUAUUUUGGUGCUGAGAGGAUAAAAAGGAGCAUGUUCUGCAAACAGAGAUUAGAUAAAGGCCUUCCUACCUACCUGUGAAAAUAUCGUCAGAGAGGCUAGUUGAGGAAGGGAAGAAUCAAGUGUGUCCCUAGCCAUUAUCCUUGGGUUCCCUGUUCCUUAUGGGACUGCAACUUCAUGGCAGGGGCAGAUGUUUCAAAAGGCAUGUUUGCGUUGUAAAUGCAACCCCCUUUAAUGCAAUCCUGCUCCAAAAAAAUUCUGGCGACUAUGUAAACUAGUGAUCUGCAAUACUUAUCAACAGGAUCAUGGGUCAUUACUCCCAGAUGAAUUAAUCUGAAAUAGCUAAUACUCCUGGGGUCUGUACUCACAGACCCUACAGGCAAAUCCUUGAUAGAAUUUGGGGUGAAAUUAUUGGAUUUUGUGGGGCGUGGUUGAACAAAUAUACAAAUGAACCAAGACAGACUUGAGAGAAAAAGUUCUGGAGUUGUUGGGACUGAACCAGUUUUAUUACCCAGAGAAACUAAGUUGACAGUUGAAGACUGUGAAUCUCCUCAGUCAUGAUCUUCUUCCAUUAUUUUUUUUGUAAUUUCCCCCCUCCAAAAUCCACAGGAAUUAGGGCCCAUGACUUCACCCUCCUGAUGUAAUGAGCUCCAGUCUCUUUCUUAUGCAUUCCGUGAAAAAAAACACUUUCCUUACUUUGACUUACCGUUAGCUUUCUUUCGCUGAUGUGUUGGGAGAUUGAAUUUUGAUGUCCUUCAUAUUUUUUCCUGCAAAAAUUGCCCUCACUGAAAAUAUAUCCGUGGAUGCAGAACACAGGCGGCUUGUUCAAACGUUACACUGAAUGCAGGUACAAGCUGUCUCUGCACAAGUGUUUGUGUGGAAGGGCGAACACUUCCUGAUUUGUACAGCUCAGCUAUUUGUGUAAAUGGCACACUUGUUGAAUGUUACAUGUGAAUAACUACAGCCAUACAACUCAACUAUUGUGCACAUAGAUUGUACACUCGUUGAAUACAAUGUGAGAAUAGCCCUGGUUUUUGGUGCCUUUCAGCAGAGGUCUUAGCUCCCAGUGGGGUUGGUUUUCCUUUAGUAAAGAGAAGCCCCACACAGUGUAUUAGUGUUUUCAUCAAAACUCUGCAGAUGUUCCCAUUCAGUUUAGCAUCUCCAGGUCUCAAGAGAUUAUUGGCCAAGCCCCAACAACAGGACAAACCCACACUCCAUGUUAGAAAUCAGGGGUAGGCAACCUAAGGCCCGUGGGCCGGAUGCGGCCCAAUUGCCUUCUCAAUCCUGCCCGCAGACAGUCCGGGAAUCAGUGUGUUUUUACAUGAGUAGAAUGUGUGUUUUUAUUUAAAAUGCAUCUCUGGGUUAUUUGUGGGGCAUAGGAAUUCGUUCAUAUUUUUUUUCAAAAUAUAGUCCAGCCCACCACAUGGUCUGAGGGACAGUGGGCCGGCCCAUGGCUGGAAAAGGUUGCUGACCCCUGUUAGAAAUCAUGAGAUGCCUUCCCACCCAAGUUUCUUUGGGUUUCCCCUCUUUCACAGCCAAGGUGGAACGUGAGCUGGGCAGAUUCUCUUGUUAGGUUUCUCCAUGGACAUUUGGUUUGUCCUGUGGCUGCAGUUUGGCUUCUCCCUGCAUUGACGCCUGCCAGGGAGAAUGCUCAGCUGAUUUUGUGGGGGUGGUUUGGGGGUAGAUGUGCCCCUGCUGUCUCUCCUUCCCUUUCAUUCCUCCUUUGGUUCUCGAGGCAGGAGUGGGGUUGUUGUUUUUUAAAUCAUUCUGCUGGUUCUCACUGGUGUGAGUUUCUCCAGCAGACUUUGAAGUUGGGCUGGGAAUCCUGGCAGGCUUCUCUUUAUCCCAGUUACUUUGGUCUGGGCUACGAAUCAGCAGUCGGCUCCCUGCAGAGAUUUGGAAGGGGGGAGGUGGUUUUGGGUUCCCACCGCUUCCCUCCUAGCAGUCGGAUGAGUCUGGCAGGUUUGCAGCGCUGCUGAUGUUCUCCUUGCUCUGUGCCACCCGCCCCCUCUGUUCCGAUCUUGUGGGGCUCUUGCUGCCACUGCUGGGUAUCUUAAGCUCUUUCCCAGGCCUCUUUCUGGGCCCCAGGAGGGGUGGCUUCACUGCCUGCUUGCAGCUGCUGAAUUGUACACCUGGCUGCCUACACAAGGGCCCUUUGUCCUGCACCAGGGAGCUCUGAAGAGUGGGUGGGGGUGGGGUAGGGUAGGGGAAAGGGAGAAUAGGGAGGCUGCCAGGAGUUGGGGAACAGAAUGGGAGAGAGGAACCUGGCAUGGAUAUCAUUCCAGGCUAAAUAAGCCGGAAGCAAUAAUUUGAGCCUGCAGGUAAAACAAACAGACCUGCUAGUGGGCUGGGGGCUCUCAGAAAGACCACUGAGAUGCAUCAUUACAGAACACAAGGAGAAAGGCUACUAAGGAGUGGAUUUCUCCUAUCAGAACUGCCAGCAGCUCACCAGUAUUUCUUUACUGCAAGCCCACAUUGUUCUGGACUCCAAAAACGUAUCAUUCCAUCUAUUCCGAGUGUUCAGGUUCAGGUGUGAGUGCCAUUCCAUUUGUAGCCAAAAUGACACUGUCCUCCCAGGAGAGUGUUACAGGAAUUUAUGUAAAGUUUGUGGGGGGGGGGGUUGCCCCUCCAGCGGACAUCAUACACACCCACCCCAUCUACCAAACCCAGCACAAUCACUCCUGCAAAUGUCCCCGCAAAACACUUCAUCACAGUUUUUUGCCUGCCUCUAUUCAAAGGGCCUCCCGCUGCACAUUAGCAAAUCCAACAAUUCACUGAUAAAUGUGUCUAUGUACUGGCUCACUGGCAAAACUUUAGAAAGUCAUAUAAAGUCGCUCCAGUAUGGAUUUGCACCAUUCCAACUUUGUUCUGUUCAGGAAACAAAUGGCUACCAAGGGGGGACUUAUUAUGGGAUGUGAGCAGCCAUAAUCCCUCAAGCCUGAGACCAGGUACUCAGCAGCCACUUGCACAAGAGAUCAUCACUGGCAGGUGGGUGUCAGACAGGCAGUCAUCCCAUGGACAAUGGCAAACCACCCAGGAAUGGAUUAGGAGUGUGAUAACCUGAUCAGAAAACCAGGAACUUGUAAAUAUUCCUACUGUAUCACUUGAUGGGUGUGUGGUGGUGGGUAAGGGAGGUUGGGGGCAAACCUGAUGAACCGGUUUCUACCAGAAAACCCCUCACUGUGACAUAUUUAUGAUGUAUCUGUGAUGUAUACAUGAUGCUUCACCUGAGUGUUCAUGAGAAAAAGGGAAAACUUAUAAGGAAACAGUGGCAGCUGGAAGGGAUUUUGCGGGGGCACAAAAAGGAAAGUUGUGGGGCUCCAAUUUAUGGGAGGGGAAAGUGGGCCCCAAAGGUAGGAACUCAAUGAGCCUGAGGCAAUCUGUGGGUAGCCCCUUCAGGAACAGGAGUUUAAGGGUAGGAGGAGCUUUGCUUGGCUCAAGGUGCAUCUGGCUUAGACUCAUCCUUUUGCUUCCUGCUCCCUUCCUUUCCACAGUGCCAGUGUCCUCGUGGGAGCACCCAAGGCCAACACAAGCCAGGUGGACGUUACGGAGGGGGGUGCGGUCUACUACUGUCCCUGGCCCCUUGGCAAGAGCAGCUGUAUACCCAUUGAAUUUGACAGCAGCAAAGGUAAGCGGGAUGUGUGGGGUUGGGAGGUGCCAGUGGUAAGAGCUGGCUGGCUACUUGCCCAUCCUCACCCACCUCCAAUUUUUACUCUGAUUUUCAGUCAUCAUCAUCAUCAUCAUCAUUUAUUUGUACCCCGCCCAUCUGGCUGGGCUUCCCCAGCCAGUCUGGGCAGCUUCCAACGAAGACUAAAAAUACAUUAAAGUGUCACACAUUAAAAACUUCCCUGAACAGGGCUGCCUUCAGAUGUUCUUCUCUUUGACAUCUGAUGGGAGGGCGUUCCACAGGGAGAGCACCACUACCAAAAAGGCCCUCUGCCUGGUUCCCUGUAGCUUUGCUUCUCGCAGUGAGGGAACCACUAGGAGGCCGUCGGCCCUGGACCUCAGUGUCCGGGCAGAAUGGCUACUCCAGAUUCCCCGAAUUGCCACUUCUUCUUUCUUCCCUACUUAAUGCAGAAAAUAAAGGCAACUGUGUCAGUUUAUAAGAGCAAGUACAAAAUCCAUAGUAGCUUCUAUUAGGUCAACCAGAAUUGCAUGAAAGCUUUUGAGUUCCCCAGAACGCUUCAUUGGCUUGGAUGGUGAACAGGGGAAUGCAGCUGGCUUCUGUUUAUGGUCACGGUCUUAAGAGGUUUGUUAGACUGUGAUCAGAGGUGCCUGCCCAAAUUCCCCUUGUCAGAAACACCAAAGCCCAGCUCCAUACUCAAAUCAGGCAACUGCAGGGGCAGGGGAGUCUUUAGCAUAUGUGCUGCCGGGGUGCAAAGAUCCGCCCAGCACCCCACAAGCGCUGCCAUUGUGAUCUUUGGUAAAUGAGUGCAUAAAGUCUUUAGUGAAAUAGUAGGUAUACAUUUCAGUAUACAUUGAGGUUGAUGGGCAUUGCCAUUCAAAUGGUGUGUGUGCACUGUGACAUGUGAUCAGGACAGGCCUUACCUGCCCCCCCCCCGAAUAUUUUAUUUAAGUCACAGGGUAGAAGAGUCAUGCAGUCCCUAGAGAGCUGGGGUGAUGUUGUGGUUAGGAGAGCCAGACAUUUGCACAUUAAAGCAAAUGUGGUGAGCACCACACACACCUUGUAGCUAAGCACACACUGCAGGCUGUUUGACUGACUACAACAGGAGCAGCAGGGAGAAAGGGUGAAUGCCUCUGUGGCAGCAUGGGCAUCCACGGGGGUCAACCCCUGGAUUAAAGUGUUGGACCUAAGUUCUGAUGAGACCCAAGUUCUAAAUUCCCCUGCAGCCGUGAAGGCAAAUGUGGAUGAGCAAAGGAAGUUGCCUUACACCGAGUCAGACCAGUGCUCCAUCUAGCUUCAGUAUUCUCUAUCUCAGGGUUUCUCCAGUUGUUUUUUGGACUACAAUUCCCAUGAUCCCUGACCACUGGUCCUGAUAGCUAGAGAUGAUGGGACUUGUAGUCCAACAACAGCUGGAGACCUAGGUUUGAGAAACCCUGAUGUACACCAAUUCUCUAGGUUUUUGGGUAGGGCUGUUCCCCAGCUCAACUUGGAGGCACUAGGGAUGGAGCCUCAGACCUUUUGCAUCGAGAGCCUGCACACUACCUUCGAACAGCAUCCCUUCUGCACAGCUGGGUAAGCUGAGCUGACGAUAGGCUGGUCACUGUCUCUCGACCCAUCCCACCUCACAGGGUUGUUGUGGGCAGGGGGGAGAAUGGGGUACUGUGAACUUCUGCAGGAAGGUUGGAGUGAAAAUACAACAAAAACACAGAACUAAUCUUGAAUAAAGAGAUCAAAAGCCGCCCACAGGCAGAGUAAAGUGCAAAUGUUGACAGUUCAAAGGCAUUCUGUGUUGUGGGAGAAGGAAAGGGUACAAACCAGGGGUCAGCAAACUUUUCCAGCAGGGGGCCAGUCCACUGACCCUCAGACCUUGUCGGGGGCCGGACUAUAUUGGGGGGGGAUGAACGAAUUCCUAUGCCCCACAAAUAACCCAGAGAUGCAUUUUAAAUAAAAGGACUCAUUCUACUCAUGUAAAAACACGCUGAUUCCUGGACCGUCCGCCAGCCGGAUUUAGAAGGCGAUUGGGCCAGAUCCAGCCCCUGGCCUUAGUUUUCCUACCCAUGGUCUAAACUGCCCCCACCCCUGUAACUUUGUGGCUCAGAAAGGCCUGGACUUCAGUUGGCCUGGGGCUUUCCUGUCUGGCCGCAUGGCUCUGUGUUGACUUGGCUGGUCCCCAGUGGACGUGGGCCAGAGAGAGUUUCCUUGGCUCAGCUGAGAACAAGAGAUCAGAUUCCAGCCAGAGAGCCAAACAGGCCAUUGCUCAGGGAGCCCCUACUUCUGCGUAGGCCUGAAUCUGGGGAACUACUCUCCAGGUGGCUGGUAAAAUCUUGGGUACUGGUGUGCUGAGAGCAAGAGAGAACAAUGCUUUUCUUUUUUAAUCCUUCCAAAAGUGAGCAUUUUAUUUCCACAGAGGUUUCUUGUUUUCAGGCAGAUUUGCUGAAAGCAAAAAUAUGAGUCAUUACAAGGAUACUAAUUUCUGGAGCUUUUAAAUUGAAUACUUCCUCCCUCCCCAGAAACUACAAAUAUGGCAAUGUAAAAAAAAAUGAGCUGGAUAAUCUACAGCUGAGCUGGGGAACCUGUGCCCCCUCCAGAUGUUGUUGGACUCCAACUCCCAUCAGCACGGCCAGCCAUCAAGGAUGUUGGGAACUGCAGUCCAGCAACUUCUGGAAGGCCACAGGUCCACCAGCCCUUGUCUAGGGCAAGUGAUUGGUAAGGCUUUUUGUUUCCCUGCACAGUCUUCUCAGAAGUAAAUCUCAGUGAGGUAAAUGAAGCCUACGCUCAAGUACCUGAGUAUGCAGUAUAGCUCUUAAUGAGACUUUUAAUCACAGGGUCAUGGGUUUGAGCCCCAUGUUGAGCAAAAAGAUUCCUGCAUUGCAGGGGGUUGGACUAGAUGACCCUGGUGGUCCUUUCACAACCCUACGAUUCUAUGGUUCUGUUGAACUGCAGCCCUGAUAUCCAUAUUUGGAGCCCACAUAAUCCUUGGAAGGCAAAGAACUUUGUUAACUGAAUAAGCAAAAUGGACUGAAUGUCUUAUAAGAAAAAGUAAGGGUUGCAGGUUCGGUGACAAAAACACAGGCCAAAUUCUUAUAUAUACAGUAUGUCAUGGCAUUUUGAGAUAUGUGUUCCUGGGUUUGAUCUCAUGCCCAUUUGGGAUAAGGGAAGGCCGCGCUGCUGAUUCUGUUUUGUUUUGAACUGCAUUCACAAAUGAAGCAAAAGUAUCACAGCAGCUGUCAAAGUAGCGCUGGAAAGAUUCCUGUUGUAGGAACUCCUUGUUUCAUGUUUUGUUUAUUACUGUUUUAUUCCCUGCCUCUUUUCUCCGUGAAGCUGAAGCACAGUGUCGUCGUCGUCCCCCACCCCAGUGAUCUGAUCUUUGCAACAGUCCUGCGAAAGGCCAUAGUUAGCUCAUGGUCAGCCAUGGCCCAGUAGGGAUUUGAGUCCGGGCUUCCUCAGACCUGAUCCAUUGCACACUAGCAACACGUAACGCUCCACCACCCUGGCUUACUGUGAGCGGGAGGGUGGCAGCUGAGGGGCAGAGCCAAGGUCCCCAGUUCAGUCCCUAAUAUCUCCAGACAGGAGUAGUCCUGGAGAGUCACUGCCUCUCAGUGUAGGCACUACAGUCACACCUCGGGUUGAAGUAGCUUCAGGUUGAGCAUUUUCAGGUUGUGCUCCAUGGCGACCCAGAAGUAGCGGAACAUGUUACUUCCAGGUUUCGCCUCUCACGCAUGCGCAGACGCUCAAAAUGACGCACGGAAGCGGCAAAUCGCGACCCGCACAUGUGCAGAUGCAGGUUACAUUCGCUUCAGGAUGCGAACAGGGCUCUGGAAUUGAUCCUGUUCGCAUCCAGAAGUACCACUGUACUGAGCUGAGUAGACCCAACGGUCUGACACAGUCUAUGUUAGCUUCCCAGGUUGUGGCUUCUUCAUGUGUCUAUGGAGUAAAACAGAUUUUUGAAAACUUACUUUCUUGAGGGAAUCCUUUCCACAUCUGUUUCCCAGCUGAGGACUCCUUGCACAUUGCAAAGGCUUGUGGGGAAUGGUCUGGGGCUCUGUCUUAGGAGCACUGGUCAGCCUGUUCUCUCUCAUCGCGGCCCCUGCUUCCUUCGGGCUGUGAGUUGGAGGGAAAGAUCAAGCAUGGCAAGGAAGCACGUCUGCCAUUGCCAAUCAUCUUCUCACUGCGGAAACCUUGAGAGGCAUCCAAGGCACCUCAGAGUUUCCUGGACUGGAGUUUGAAGAACCACUGGAGUAGAUAUCGCACCGUUAGGGAGGGUUGUGGGGCCUAAGUGGUUUUUGAUUAACAAGAACAACCUCCCCCCUCCCUGGUCCUGCCCUCCCUCCUCCUCUUCCAGUCUCCUCUUCCCCACCAGAUGGGAACAAUGGGAAAUCUUGAAGGGGAAAAUGGGCAGCAGUGCUAUGUUAUGAAAUAUUUUCUCUUUCUGAAUAAACAGGGGAGGAAUUUCUGGAGCAUUGUUCACAGUGGCGGUGUGGGAUUUUUUAAAUUGCAAACUGCAGGGAUUGUUGAUUUUUCAGGCAGUGAUGUGAAUUAAAGAAGGGUGGAGGGGCGGGCUGGAAAUGCCCACGUGGAACCAAAUUGUCUUUUUGGCAGUUCCUUUAGUUUAGAGUAAAUUGAAAGAGAGGGAGAGAAUUGGAAAUGGCCUUAAUGGACCAGAAGUAGCUUGUGAGACUUGGCAUUUGUUUUAUACCUGGUCUUCUGGGGUCACUGCCUGAUGGUUUCUUUUGCAAGAAAGGGAUUAAGUGGUUCCUGCAAGAUCUGGGGGUAUUAUCACUACAUCCCAUUGGAUUGAUAUGAAGGGCCUUGUAUGAACCAGAGCCAGUGGGCUGGGGAUGCCUCUUCUGGUCUGGAUCAAAACCAAAGGCAACAACUGCUGGGGGAAUAACAAGCUCACAGCCUCAGAUCUAGGCUGUUUCCCACAAGCUCCAUCCCACCCCCUAAAUGAAAACGGGAAGCCCUCUUCCUCUUAGCACUCCACAUGGAUUUAGUACAUUUUCUGCAUAAGCUGCUGAUCUGGACCUGAUUGGAAAAAGUGGAGAAACAUUCAGGGCUGUAGGGGACAACCUUUCUGUGGGUGGGCAAUUCUCUGCAGCAGGAGUGAUGGCAGGAUCCUGUCGCACCUGAGGCUGAGAUGGGGCAGAAUUUCUAGAAUUUCCUAGGCCCCCUUGGAGGCCAGAGCCAUGACUAGAGCAGGGGUGUAUGGGCUGCCACAUCUGAGGGUGAAUACAUUUGGCCCACAAAUCACCUUCAUUUAGUUAGUUUCUGGCAGUUGCCUUGUGAAAGACAGUAUUUGUUGUAUCCUCCCAGUACCGCCCAGUAAAUAUAAAAAUACAAUACAAUAUGCAAACAACAUACAUAUUGCAAUAUGUUGGUUAUUGUUAUGCUUUAUUUAUGAAUUUCAAGUUUUUAUAUUAAGUUUUUAUUUAGUUGAUAUCAUGACCUAUAAAACAUAGAACCAUUAACAAUGAUUUUCAUGAUUGAAAUAAAAAGUAGUGUGUCCUGGCAUGCAGCUUGGGAAUUAACCAAACGGGGCAAUGAUCACAUCUUAGGAAAACAGUGAAAAGUGGAGAUUUUGGAAGUAUUUGUGGUGGUGGGUUGGAGCCAGAGAAGGCAACAAGUCAAGCAGAUGGGGAAGAUAUAGGAAUAGAAGCUGAAGAGACCCGGAGCUGCAGUGCAGAAGGUCCCAGGUUCCUAUCCCAGCAUCUCCAGGUAGGUCUGGGAAAGAUUCCUUCCUUGUCUGAAUUCCUGGAUGGCCGCUACCAGUUUGAGGACAAUAUCAGGGUAACAAUAGUGCUUAGUGUUCAAAGUACUUUGCAUUAUCUUGAAAUCUUUGCAACAUCCCUGUAAGGCAGGCCAGCAUUGUUAUUCCCAAAAUUAUAGAAAAGGGACAGGCUUCCAAGACUGAGAGACAGCAGUUCACCAACAGCCAACCAGCAAAUUCACAGAUCAGCUGAGAGUUGAACUGCUCAUAGCUCAUGUUCUGAACCAUUAUGUUCAAGUGCAGACUUGUGGGGAGUGAUUGAAAAUGCCGUGCAGAACCACCGUGAUACGCGGCGCUUCCUAGGCCUGCUUGCCUUCCUCACUGGUCAAAGGACCAAUGCUCUGACUUGGUAUAAGGUUCCUUCCUAUUUACUCUCCACCAAGAGGCCAGGAAUUCUCAAAUCAUAUGCUGUGCUCUGAGAGGAGCUGAGUUGUGCCUCGGUGGGGAAGGGGAAGGCUGUUUUUAAAUGCGUCCAUCACUCUAGGCUUCUUGUUCUCCCUCUCUUUCUCUGCCAAUACAGUGGUACCUCUGGUUGCGGAUGGGAUCCGUUCCGGAGUGCCGGUUGGCUCCUGAGGUUUCUGCAACCAGAGGGACUGCUUCUGCACGUGCUCAUGUGGCAAAAACCCAGAAAUAUACUUCCGGGUUUGCCACGUACGUAUCCCAAAGUUUACGUAAGUGGAGGGAUACGUAAGCGGAGGCACGACUGUGUGUGAGUAGUGGCAUCAACCCCUGGAAGGGAAUAAAAGGCACAACUCAGUCUCCUCAUACUGCUUUGCACCUGAUGGAUGCCGGGGAUUCCCAGAAACAUCCCCCUUGCCCCCAAAUAAUGGUCCAGGCCCAGAAUCCUGAUGUGCCUGGGCAAAGGGGAGGUCAGGAUACCUGGGGCCAAUAGUCCUUGGGUUAUCCCACAGAAAACACAGGAAAGCAGCAUAGCAACAUGGAAAGCUACCUUGUACUGAGUCAGAUCAUUAAUCCAUCGAGCUCAGUGUUGCUUACACUGAUUGGCAGCAGCACUUCAGGGUUUCAGACAGGAGUCUUUUGCACCUAGGACUUUCUGCAUGCAAGGCAGAUGCUCUUGCCACCAAGCUACAAUCCUUGUUCUAGGGGCUGACUGAAAUGAUAGUGUAUAUGAUUUACAUCAUCUGUCUCUGCCUAUCCACCUUCUUUCAACAGUGAGAGUAAAAUUUUAUCCAGAAAGCUGGAAGGAAGCUGUGUCCCGGGUAUCUGAAAGCCUUUGAGGAACACUGAUCCAGACCCCUUUGUGUUCUCUGUCCAGCAGGAUCCCGCAUGGAGGACUUUAAUGGGAUGGUGGAGCAAAUGGAGUUCAAAUCGCUGCAGUGGUUUGGAGCCACAGUGCGGUCACAUGGCAGCUCCAUCCUGGUAAGAGCGGAGUCGUGGCAUGAAUUUGGCAAAGCGCAUAUGCAAUUGGUUGACCGGGGGAACCCAGGGCAUCUCCAGAUGGUCACAAUUUUGCAAAAAGAUUUAAGUGCAUACCAGAACUCUAGAUCUGCACACUGGAAAUGGAUUGAUGUGCUCUGUCACCCUAGCACAACAAAUUUGCUUUUGGGAACUUUUUGGAGUUUGGGUCAUGACAGAAAAGUGUGUUGAAAAAUGUGUGAUAAAUGAAUGAAUAAUGGGAAGAUGUUUAAAAGACCCCACAAGAAGAUCAAGAUGAAUGCUCAUUGCCCUAUAACCUCGCUGCAAACAAAUCAGCAUGAAGGCUCAAUAAGGACCGGAUAUAAUUUAGCCUUUGCAUAAAUGUUGUGGAAACACAUCAGGAUGAAUGAGCAAAUAGCUUGUCGCCAGGGUGGGGGGUGGGGCUCAGUAACAACAGCCCACACCGGGUCAGGUUUUGACUUUAGCUGCUUCUUCCUUCCCAUCACAGGACCCCUCUGUAGCAUGGAAGCUGGGAGAGCUCCUGCCUCAGUGGCUUCUGGAGCUGCCAUAGCUAAGUUCUAGGCACUCCUGGCUUGUAUCUACACAGAUGUGAUCUAUGUGCCUUCCAUGGCCCAAAGUCGCAUGUUUCUUGAAUAUUUGAUAACCAGGGCUAACAGUGCCUCUGUAUUGGCACUGGUGAAACCAGAUCUCUCUGAACUGGAGAGCGAAAACUGCCACUUUCCCAAUUUUUUGCUUGGUUCUUUUAAGGCUGCCAUUCUAUGCACCCUUACCCAGAAGGAAGCCCUGCUGGUCACAGUGGGCAACUGGGCUGAGCCACUGGGCUGGAAGCCACAGGAGGGCAAAGGCUCAUGUGCUCAGGUCAUGGAUGCAGAUUUCUCAGAGCAGGCCACUGGUUGUCCACUGUGAGAACAAGAUGCUGUUACACUGUUGAGUAAACAUUCACAAGAUUGCACUGUAAGAAACCCAGGAAUCUCCAAUGCGGCAACGCCAUUUCUUCCCUUCUAGAUUCCUUGCAUAUCUAAGUCCACCCACCCACACAAACACAUAGAGGCCAGGUAUUCCCAGUGUCAGAAACCCCUGUUUUGGCUACUGUUGCAAUGCUGUGUCCUGUUGUGAUCAAAGUCCAUUGAUAAAGUUUGUGACAAACUGAUGUAGACUUGAAGGAAGAUUUCAUACAAUAAUGCUGAUCUUCCUCUGUCUAAAGAGGCUGUCUGGCUCCUCUAAAAAGAGAUGGGUGAGCAGGGGGAACUUGAUCUCCAUAUUAAUCCCCUCCCAACCAAGUUUUAUUUUCUUUCUUUUUUAAAAAAUGUCCUUUUUGAAAUGCACACCCCAAUCUCCCCAGUACUAAGAGUGUCAGAUGCUCAUUUCCAGGUGUUGCUUUAGGGUUGCCAGAGGUUUUUGGGAGGGGGGGUUGCUUCCCUGCAGUUUAUUAGUUACCUUGCUGAACUUCAAACUGUGCUUUGAACUCCUCAACUUUCCAAAAUCUGUCAUAUGGGGGCAGGGCAGGAAGGAUGCAGCUAGUAAGAACUGCAGGAAAUGCAAAGUGUGGUGGUGUGUGUGUGUGUGUGGGCGGGCAGGUGGGUGUUGGCCGUUGCUCAAGCAACCCUGUGGCCUCACUAGGACACCCUGUUUUUCUCUUUGGUUUCCCCCAAGAUGCUCCCUGUAGUCCUUUCCAACUAGCCUGCUGCAGGGCAGGGCUUCCUCCAGUCUUUUGACAUCUAGGACAUACCUUGUUGCUUUCUUUCUAAAUUAAAAUGAGAGGCACACUUCACUCCAACCUUACUUUAUUUUGCUUGAAACCUUUUUUUUAAAAAAGGCACCCUUCAUCCUAUUUGAAUACAAGGUUAGUUUACAGAACAAAAUCAAUUAAAGUACAAAAUGCAAACAGUGCGUAUGUGACAGGAACAUAGACAGCUUCCCCCACUGCCCUGUCUAACUCAGGACUGUCUACACCAGCUGGCAGCAGCUCUCCAGGAUUUCCCUGUCCCUCCCGGAGAUGCUGGUGUAGAGGACCUGGGAUCUUCUACAUGCCAAGUAAAUGAUCUACCAGUGAUCUAUGGCGCUUCUCCAAAUGGUGGGUGGAUAUCUUGGGUCCCAGGACAGAAGGAAGGCAUCCUCCUUGCAACUCAGGGGACCCUGGGUCAACAUUGCCUCCUGGCCUGGAGCACCCCUCCUCUUUUCCUACUUAGAGAUGGGACUCUGCUUUUUGUCCAGUGUUGGGGCUUCUGGGAUUCUGUUAUGCUGGUUAACUACAGCAGAGGCUGCCUUAGGAAAUUCUAAUGCAUCCUGGAUUCUUUCCCUUGGGACAAUGGCAGUGCUUGUGUUGGUGCAGAGAGUGACUGGUGAAUCUAUCAAAGAGUGUGCCUUAAAUCACCAAGGAAUUCUUCCGCCUUUUUCAUGGCUCUGACACAGUUUGGGACUCUUUGCUGUAGACUCUAUGAUGUAGAGCAGUGUCCUGAUCUGGCCACCCUGGAAAGGGUGGUGGCCGCAAGAUAGGCCUGGAUGUUGCAGGGCAGUCAUCUGCAGAAGGUGGCACAUCUCUACAGAGGUCGUUGGCAUUGCUGAAGCUGCAGUGUUUGACCCAUGAAUUGUACAGGUCUAGUCUGACUCCAGCUGUGAGAGCUUUGGCCACAAGACAGAAGACCGUCUCACUCCCAGCUUCUGUACAUUAAAACUGAAAGCUCGUGGUUGUAAGAACUUUGUAACAUUAAGAGUCCGUGCAUGAGGUUGCUUGUUUUCGUCUUCCCUCCCCACCCCUUUUCCUUUUUGUGCCAUAGGCCAGAGUGCUGGGUUAUUUAUAUUGAUUUGUAAGCAGCCCUGGGAGUUUUUUUUCCCAUCAGAAGUGUGGGGGUAGAAAUGCUUUGCAUGAAUGAAGACUGUGGAGCCCUUUCUGUUUGCUUACCAGGCUCAUCUUCUUCCUCUAGGCCUGCGCCCCCCUGUACAGUUGGCGAACCUACAAUGACGAGCCUGAGCAUGAGGUUGUGGGCACCUGCUUCUUGUCCAUCAACAACUUCACCAAGUUUGUGGAAUACGCACCUUGCCGCUCAGGUAACAAGGGGCUCUGGAGAGGGUGCCUGCCUGGCAGGGGUUCAUUCAGCACUUGCACAGGACCUCAGCCUUUCUUUCUUUUUAAGAAAACUGUAUUGCAUUUUUGUAGAAGUACAUUAGAAGAUUCCACAAAAAAUACAUAUAAAACCAUAACAACCAACCAACACAUCUGCUGAAUAAAAUAAAUGUUUGGUAAACGUAAGGGGGACCAUGGGGUUUAUUAAUACAGUUGGCAACCAUUUCAUGCAGAGGUUCCAUUCCCGGCCCCUGGGCACAUCAACCGAGUGCAUGGAAGUCCACCCCUUUUAUAACUUUUUUGUGACAUUUUCAGUCACUUCCAAGUUUGUGCUGUGUGUGAUUACACGUCUUUCUGACAUGUGCUAAUUGGUCAUUGCCUGUAUAACUAAUGGAGCAUUAUCUUUAAGGUAACUUACUGAAUGUGCCCAAAAGGUUGCAUAAAGGAGGGGCUGACCACGUUUUCUCCCCUUGUUCAUCUUUAAACUGGACGUCUAAAUCAGUUCCCUAUGAUUUCCUCAGUCUUUGAGAAAGAAGGAAGGGGACACAGUAGUGUCUUUGCUGUGUUGGUUCUGGGUUCCCUGAUCUGUAGCUAUUCCUCCAUGGAGGUGCAUCUGUGUGCUGUUAGGCUUUUUUUUUUACCUUGCCUUAGCUGUGUGCCACUGUGCAGCUGACUUGCGCCUGGUGAUGGGCAAUGAAGGUAUGGGAGCUGCAUGUGGUGGUAAGGUUUGCCAUCCACUGGACUAGGGAGCUGGAAGAAGUAUGAGUGACUAUAGAAGUCCCUUCCUUGUCCCUUGUACUAACCCCUUUUAAUGAGCCGUCCCUCCUGCUGAAAGAACACGGCAGAUGAACCGAAGGGCCAGCCAGCCAGCUGCUUCCUAAGCAUAAUCUGGAGCAGUAGGAAGUGGGUGUGGGAAAAGCUGGGAGCGUUUCCCUGGGGACACCCAUACAGUGAUCACCAGAAGGCUGCUGUGCCACCAGCAGAGCCCCCCCAUAAGAAAAGCCCUGUUGGAUCAGGCCAAAGACUUAGUCUAGCAUCCUGUUCUCACAGUGGCCACUCUAGUCUCUAGAGAGCCAGAAGGAGCAGCUCUUGCGGAGUUUACUGCAUAGCUUGAGGUCAGCUCUGGAAGAGGGACUUCCGGCAAAAGCAUUCCUGGUCCCCCCCAGAUGCACACAAGCAAGAGCUAUCCUUCGGAGCUCUGAGGGAAGUCAUAUUGCGGAACUGAAAAUGAAGAGGAGGAGGAUUACGAAGAUGAGUUCAGCUUAUAUUCUCCCCUUUAUCAAAAGAUCCCAAGACAGUGUGCAACAUAACGCAUUACAGAGCACCAAUAAUAAAAACAAUAACAGACAGCAUAGUAAUAGAAUAUAGCCAAUUUGCCCCUUGCUGUGUUGCAUCUUCCACCACCUCACCCACUAAAUUAUUGAUGCUGAAGGUUUGCUAUUGUGAAGCAAAGGGAGAACAGGUUAUAGCAGGGCAGGGCGGGCACAGUCGCCUGGGUUCUCUUAUUGUUGUCAUAUUCUCCCUAGGGCCAAGCUGUUCUAUUAAGAUGAGAAUCCUUUCCCAAGGCAUUAUUAUUAUUAUUAUUAUUUGCUGUGGCCUCUUGAUAAUUAGCGUAAUUAGGCUAGGGGGCGCCUGCCUGAAAGGAGAAGCGCCUGUGGUGGAAAGAGAAUGCUGAACGCGCAGCUUCAAGCCCUAGACCCCCACUUUGCCAAAGGAAAAGACUGUUCCCGUCUCCAGAGACCAUACUUGGUGGAUAAUUCACAUGUCAUCAGACGACGUACCCCACCGUCUGAUGGGAUUGCCCCAUCUACUCUGGGUGGCUUCCAACAGAAUAUAAAAAACCACAACAAAACAUCAGACAUUAAAAAUGGAAAGUCUUCGUUGUUUCUCUCUUUGCCAGCUGAUGGAGAGUGAAUAAUAAUAAUGGGGAUUCCUCGUCCCUGCUCAGGGCUGGGAUUCCCUGCUGGACCUCUGGUGCUUCAUCACAGCUGUAGUACUCCUUCUAAAGUAUAUGCCUGAAGGUCUGGCUGUGAUCAGGCAAAUGGCACUUUGCCCAUGCUCUAAUGCUGUCUUGGUUGCCCAUAUUUUGUGAGGGUUUUUUGGAGGUGAAAGGCUGGAUCAUUUAUUUUAUUUCUAACAGUUCUGUUGUUAGAAGCUGGUCACAACCUGAGGCAUAUUGGCUUUCUGUUCAUGUGUUGUCUGACAGAACAGUUUAUUUAGGGAGGAAUCAGCAUCACACACUCACAAUCAUUCUGUCAGUGCAAGCAUUUCGCCCCCUUCUCUCUCUCCUCCAAGUGCACUGAUCUGGUGGUUCUCCAAUAAUUCAUCUGUAAGCCUGUGGACAGGACCACCUUCUGAUGGACUGGGAUAUAUUUAUUGUUUGGUGAUUUCUGGCUCCAGUUAAAGGGUGGCUUCAGUUUGGUGGGUGAGGGGACCAGGACCCUGUAUUUGGAAGGGAUCAUUCUGAAUGCUGGUUACAGCAGGCCCUCUACCCCACCACGCGUCACACAUUUAUUAGUCAUGCAAAUAUGAAUGAAUAUUUGCAACAGGCAAAUCUGAAGCUUACCAGAACAUAUUCAAAAACUCCGAUUGCCAAUGCAUAAUUCAACUGCAAAAGGCAUGAUCCUCUCUUGUAUCCUCAAGCUUCUAUACUGUAACUUUUUCCAGCACCUCUGAAUUUCCAUUUCCACCCCCCACCCCUUUUGUCUUUCUUUCUCCUGCCAGAAAAGAGCGGACUCAGAUUUCAAGGCUACUGCCAAAGUGGUUUUAGUGCUGAAUUCACAAAGGUGAGUUUCCACCCCUGCCAAGAACAUGGGCAGCAUGGGGCAGGUUCCUGUAUUUGGGGGUUGGGACAGAGAUAGUCUCCUUGGCAUGAGGGUGGCUGGCUGUGGAUACAUAACAGGCACUGUAGACGCAUCCACCUGGCAGCUGUCUGCAGCCCCAGCUGUAAUGCCAAUUGGGAAAACAGUAUAGCCUGUGAAGCCCACAGGAGGGUGGAUUGUAUGAGUUGUAUGGGUAAAUGCUCCUGUGCUUAGGUCAGCCUUCCCCAAUCUGCUGCCCUCCAUAGGUUUCUGGAGUACAACUCCCAUCUUCCUUAGCCAUGCCGGCUGGGGAUGAUGGGAAUUGGAAUCCAGUAACAUCUGAAGCUCCCUGGUGGUCUAGUGGUUAGAAUUUGGCGCUCUCACCACCGUGGCCCGGGUUCGAUUCCCGGUCAGGGAAGUUGUGUUUUUGACACGGGUGGCGCUGUGGGUUAAACCACAGAGCUAGGGCUUGCCGAUCAGAAGGUCGGCGGUUCGAAUCCCCAUGACGGGGUGAGCUCCCGUUGCUCGGUCCCUGCUCCUGCCAACCUAGCAGUUCGAAAGCACGUCAAAGUGCAAGUAGAUAAAUAGGUACCGCUCCAGCGGGAAGGUAAACAGCAUUUCCGUGCACUGCUCUGGUUCACCAGAAGCGGCUUAGUCAUGCUGGCCGCAUGACCCAGAAAAACUGUCUGCAGACAAAUGUUGGCUCCCUUGGCCAAUAAAGCGAGAUGAGCGCCGCAACCCCAGAGUCAGCCACGACUGGACCUAAUGGUCAGGGGUCCCUUUACCUUUUAACAUCUGAAUGGCAGGGCAGAAGGCCAAUUAUUUCCCCUCUCUGUCAACCCAACUCUAUGGGACACCUGGCUGCCAUUUUCCUUGCUAGUAAUGCUCUGGUUAUAUAGAACAGGGGAAAGAUGUGCUGAGAGUUUGCGGGGUGCUGCUUGGGAAUUUCUUCCCUAUCAAGCCUGUGCACAUACAUGCAUCACCUGUAGCCAUCUGGAUAUUCUGCAUCAGCCUUGUACUUGACAGCUCCCCUGGUCACCCUAGGCAACCCAGGACUCCAUGCAGGCGAGUGAGAGGGCUUGUAAAAGGCUGGUAACUUCUGAUCUACAAAGCAGAUCUAAUGUUACCUAAAAUAUUGUUUUCUAAGACAAUUUCAAAAAUGCUUUUGAGUAUUGCUGCCAGUCUUACAGCUGCUCACCUAUGUUCAGCUGAGGCUUGCCACCACGUACCUCCUGAGACUGGUCCAGUGCCUAAAGCCCCUGCUUUUAGAUGUCUUCUGAUUGCAUCAUUGAUGGCUCCUGUGUGACCUUUGUGAGUCACAGCCUGGUUGCUAAGAGAGAGGGUGCUGAGCUGAGGGUGGUCCAAUGUGACCAGGGUGAUCUCUGAAGUGAUGGGGAUGUCAGUGGGUGGGUGUCAAGAGGGAGUGUGGUGUAGCAGGUACGGGAAGUGGAGUCGUUCAAAUCCCCUGAAGAGCCACAAAGCUGGCUGGGUGAUUGUGGGUCAGCUACCAUCUCUUGGCCCAGCAAACCUCACAGGGUACUUGUGAAGAUACAAGGGGAAAACUCAAGGCAAAGGUCAGGUGAACUGGCUCAGAUACCUCUGAGGAAAACUAAUGUUUUUCAUUGUCUUGGCAGGCUGGACGUGUUCUCCUUGGUGGCCCCGGAAGCUAUUACUGGCAAGGUGACCCCCUCCCAGCUUCUUUGUUACUAUUAUGAAAAAUAUUACUAUUUUGGCAAUAUUUAUUUGAUCCUUAUUUCACUGGUCCAGCUGAUUGAGAUUUAUAUAUUUAUUUAGCUGAUCAAGCGCCUCCUUUUCAAACGCACCUUCUUAACUAUAAGGGCUAGUAAAAUACUCUUUUCUGUUCUGUUUUCUUUUAAGGAAAAGAAAAUGAAAGCUGGAGAUUCCCAGGAAGAGCAAUUUUUCUGUGUUCCUGUGGAAUCACAGCAUAUCCAUAAAGCUGGUCACUGUCUCAGAUUCCUUGCACGUGGGGAUAUUGACGUCCCCAAUUUCUCCCCCCAUCUCCCACCUUCCUGUUCCCCAAAUUCAGGAUAACUUCAUUCAUUCAUCCAUUUAAUGUUUAUCUUGCCUCUCCUCCAAGGAGCAAGAGGUUCCUGUUAUGUUGUUAUUAUUAUUGUGGUUUUAUUGUCAGUGUUUAUUAUAUAGUAUGUUCUUUUAAAAAUGUCCUUGUAUGUAAACAGUCCUGAGAUCUCUUUUGAUGAAGGACUGCUUAGAAAUUAUUUGGCUAGGUUUUACUCACAGUAGGUCCCCUGAAAUUAAUGGAAGCGACUGAGCUGUGUGUUUGCAUAGCUUUUUGGAAUGCCACCCUAUAUAAAUUGAUUUAUCCUCACACCAACCCUGUGAGGUAAGUUAGGCUGAGAUGUAGCCGACUUGCCCAAAGUCACCCAGUGAGCUUCCUGAGGGAGUGGGGGAUCUGACCUUUGGCCUUCUCAGUCCUAGUCCAACCCUCUAACUGCCACCCCCCUUUCCCUUCAGGCCAGGUGCUUUCAGCAGCACAGGAUGCCAUUGUGGAGGUAUAUGACCCAAAUUAUUUGGUCCUGGAGGCUCGAGGGCAACUCAAGACGGGUCAGGCUAACUUCAAGGCUGAUGACAGCUACCUUGGUGAGUGCUGGAUGGAAGGAAAGGGUUGGAGAAAGAGAAUAUUGUUGUCUUAGGACAGUGCUGGACGUGGGGUCCUGAAACCCUGUCAUUCUUUUUUUUAAUUUUUUUUAUUUUUUUUAUUUUUUUUUAUUUUUUUAAAUAAAUUUUAUUUUAUAACACCAUACAAACAAAAAGACAAACACAACACAUUCACACCAAAGAAAACUAAAUAAAGAAAAAUAUAUAUAUAUAAAAAACCCUGUCAUUCAUUACCAUUGGCUGUGCUGCCUGGGAGUGAUGGAGGAGUUGGAUGGAGACAGACAGACAGACAGACAGACAGACAGAUAGACAGAACUUAAAUUUUACAAAUUCUUUUAAAAUACAAUCAGAACACAUCUCUCUUAUCAGUUGACCUACCAUCCUUUGUGCUCCUCCCUUUCCCACAAUAAGAGCAACGAUCAGGAGAGGCUGUUGAUUGAUCUUGCAACAGCCCAGAAGUCCAGGUUAAGGAGGAGAUGAACACCUAGAAGGCCACUGGUUCUCUAAUCCUUGCCUUGGGUAGCAUUUUCUGCCUGGGAGCUGGUUGCCUUUGCCCUUUCUGUGCUUCAUGGUUGGGCUGAGCAGGUGGUUCUUGCACUUCAGCACUUGCUCAGCUCAAAAUCUGGGCCCUGUUAGAAAGGGGUGGCCUCUGAUCAAGCCUUUGUCAAUGGGCAGUGGACCAGAGGUUUCCCUGAACUUCAGAGUCAGCAGAUCUCUGCCAGAUCCAGGGUUCUUGAGUUCACCCCUUGUUUCAUCCAUGAGGUGGGGGUGAGUAGUGUUCAUGGGAAGUGUUGAUAUCUCUGGGUGGAGAUUCACAAAUAAUAAGCAGAAUGAUGCAUAAGCAUCUCUUCAGGGUCAGCAAGGACAUCCUGUGAUACCCCAAAUGCUCUGGAAUUAAUCUUACUUAAAAGAUAGAUGUGGUUACAUCAGCGUAACCACACUAUGAUGGUGAAAUUUGUCACUCCGUGUCCUUUAUUUCAACCCAGUCACAGACUUUUUUCACCUCCUGCUGAUGCUGAGGAACAUAGGAAUCUGCCUUUUACUGAGUCAGGCUAUUGGCGCACUUUUCUCAGCACCAAGUGGCAGCUGCGCUCCCAGAUUUCAGGGGGGGGGGCUCUUUCCCAGUCUUACCUGGAGAUGCGGCGGAUUGAACCUGGAGCCUUCUGAAUGCAGAGCAGAGGCUCUGCCACUGAGCCCACAACCUGUCCUUUUCCAUUUCCCUGCAAAAAUGACCACAUGCACUUACCUUUAGAUAAACCCAGAAGGGGCCUUAUCCCAUCUCCUCCAAAGGGAAGGAUUUUGCCUCCUAGCAAUGUUCAGCCUGGGGCCAGAUUGCUGACUAACUAGUUGGCAUUAUGGGACCUAUGGCAACCUGUGGUACCGCAUGGCAUGCUGGGAAAUGGCAGUAGCGUUUCCUGAUGGCCCUGGUAGGUGUAGAGUGGCAUGCAUUUCCCCCCCCCCCCCUUAAUCAUGUUGUUUCUCCUUUCCCCCUCCCUAGGCUACUCUGUGGCGGUCGGUGAAUUUAGCGGAGAUGCCACUGAAGGUACCAAUGGGCUUAUUUUCAGCAUGGGUGGUAGGGCUGGUUUGUGGGCAUCGUUUGGAGAGCAGAGAAUCCAGAAUAGUAGAGGUCCUCUAGUCCACCCCCCUGCAAUGCUGGAAUCUCAUCCACGAGAGACUGCCAUCCAAAAUCUCCUAAAAACCCUUCAAGGAAGGAGAGUCUACAACCUCCUGAGGGAGACCCUUCCACUGUCAAACAGCUCUUAUUUUCAGAAUGUUCUCCCUGAUGUUUAGUCGGAAUCUCCGUUCUUGUAACUUGAAUCCGUUGGUACAAGUCCUACUCUCCAGAGCAGGAGAAAUCAAGCAUGCUCCAUCUUCCAUGUGACAGUCAGGUGUAUGUGUACCUUGUGCCAAAAAUAUAUACCUCCAUUGCAUUCUGAGUAAAUAACACACGUCAGAAUUCCAAAAUGUUGUAUAAUUCUACCCCUCCCCCCAAGACAAUAAAUAGGUUUUCAAAUAAAUUGUAAUAACUUUAUUUCUAUUUUUUGUUAGAAAUUGUGGAGGGAAUAUUGGAAUGCAAAAUAAGAGUGCAAUUAUGAGGGCAGUAGGAGAGAGAUUGGGGUUCAUAUUAUUAUUAUUAUUAUUAUUAUUAUUAUUAUUAUUAUUUUAUAACCCGCCUUUUCCCAUGACAGAGACUUGGGAAAAGGGCUUGGGAUUAGUAAAUAGCGCACUGCAUUAUUAUCUAGUUUCUUAAAGGUCAUACUGUAUGUAUGCAUUUUCCUCCUCUCCCAUGAGGACUCUUCCAGAGUCUAUGAUCUGUGCCAUAUUCUGCUGUUCACAGCGGGCUUGCAGCAGUUCGGACUCCUGCUGCCACUGAUUGCAUUGUGUUCCUUUGCUCUCUUGCAGACUUUGUGGCUGGCGUUCCUAAAGGAAACCUGACUUAUGGAUAUGUAAGAGCCAAACCUGUGCCUCCUUUCUUCCCGCUCUCUGUGUGUACUGUAACUCUCAGUCUUCCUGGCAACCUUUGCAUCAUUUGGCUGAGUGUCCCUGUGCCCCUGCCUGCUUUGUAGAGCUGGAACAUUGGCCAUACAGUAAUUAACUUGAAAAUGUGCUCUAGGGGCUAGCACAGAAUUUGGCAGCAGACCUUUUGUGGAUGGCAGGUGGGUUGUCAGGAACUUCUGUAAAAGUGCUCCAGAUGCCCCUCACCACCAUCCUCACCAGGUGCACAAGAUGCUGCUUCAGGUUCUUCCAGCUGCAAGCUAAUCUACAAGAGUGUUUAUUAAAAAAAUUGCUAUACAGCUUGGACCUUAAAAGAACAACUUCCUUAGAUCUCCAUUUCUGCUCAUAACCAGGAACAUUCUCUUAACAACUUCUGAUAUAAGUUGUUGAGACCUUCUUAAUGCCUGAUCCACAAACUGGAAAGUCCUUCCCCCAAAAAUACUUUCCAGGGGCUGAAACAGAGCAGUUUCAUUGGCUAGCCUAACCCAGUGCUCCUCAACCUUGGGUCCCCAGAUUGUGUUGGACUACAACUCCCAUGAUCCCCAGCCAGUUUAGCCAGGCUAGGGGUGAUGGGAGUUGUAGUCUAACAGCAUAUGAGGCCCCAAGGCUGAAGGACACUGGCCUAAACCAACGGGAUAACCUCUGGGAUGUAGCUGGACUACAAUCCCCUAAUCCCUGAGGACGCUGGCUUUGACUGAUGGAAGGUGGAGUCCAGCAAUCUCUGGAGGUUUUGCAACCAGGUUGCUGAAGGCUGCCUGAGAAAUACCGUAUUUUUCGCCCUAUAGGACGCACUUUUCCCCCUCCAAAAAUGAAGGGGAAAUCUGUGUGCGUCCUAUGGGGUGAAUACAGGCUUCAGGAAGCUAUCAGCAAGCCUGGGGAGCCCGCGGGAGUUCCCGCAGGGCUCCCUAGGCUGCGGAUAGCAGCCUGCUGCCCAGCACGUGGGCGCCCUGAAGCAGAGCGCCCCUCGCGCCGGGCAGAUAUCCGCAGCCUGGGGAGCCCUGCGGGAGUUCCCGCAGGGGUCCCUAGGCUGCGGAUAGCAGCCUGCUGCACGGAGCGCGGGACGCACUGAAGCAGAGCACCCCGCGCUUCGGGCAGACAUCAGGCAGCCCCACAAGCUCAGGGGACAGUGGGGAGGCGGAGCGCCACCAUACCACUAUUCCCCGACUUGGUUUGGAUUCCCUGACCUGGUUUGGGGGAGGGAAAUAAAGGGGGGGGGGGAAAUUCCUUUAUUUCCCCCCAAAAAAACUAGGUGCAUCCUAUGGGACGAAAAAUACGGUACUCUUUAUCUCCUUUCUACUUGGGUUACUAAUGGAUAGAUAGGGGACCAGACCCAGAGGGUGAAAUUCAAAGUAGCAUUCAGGAAACUGCUCUAUUGGCGCAGCCUGAUGGAACCACCUCCUUUUCUGGGGGUUAUCACAAGCCCCCACCCCAAGCCGACUGGGGGGUGGGCACUGGGGAAGGGAAGUGAACCGUGUUGUGCUAGCAGGACUCUCUGAAUCCAGCCCAUAAAGUAGUACUGGUAGCAUUAUUUAUGUUUUUAUUUUUUAAAGUUGUUUAAAAGCCAUUUGAAAUCUCAAUACAUUCUUCAUUUUUCUUUGCAAUGCAGCAAGCAGUCAGUUGCUUCUGAGUCAAGGCUGGUCUAUUAGGGCACUGCUCCACCAACCUCCGUCUCCCCCCAGUCAGGGGCAUCAUGUGUAGGGGGUGCAGCCAGGGCUUGCCACAUUUUUCUCAGGGGGGGGUGCAUUUGGCUCCUCCUGCUGCUCUGACAACCCUGCAGCACUUUGCGAGGCUGGAAUCUGAUCUGAAUGCUUCGCUGGGCAAAGCAGGCAAGGCUGUGAUCGAAGGGCACAUUGCUGUUGCAUCCUUCUCACACCGCCCUGCCAUCCCCGAGCUGCUUUGCAAGGCUGGGAUGGUACAAGGGCUAUGCCACCCAGCUGAGCUCCACUCUGCGCGGGCAGGCAGGUGGCACAGCAUGGCCCUUCUUGACUCCAGUGGGGGAUCACUCCAGCAGCAAGGGCUGGGCUGGCGCGGCAGGCUCCAUUCAUCCUCUGCCCACCCCACCCCCUGCAUGCACGCACGCCCCAGGCACUGGCAAACCAUGCUAUGGCUCUGCCCCUAGCCAGUCCCCACCUGCUUAUAACCAGUCCUGGGGGUGGCAAUGGGCCAGCGGAUUCUUUUCUCCUUAGUCUCAGUGUCGCCCUUGUAGAACUCAGGAGAGAGGUGGAUGGAGACAGAACCAGAAUUAGAUGGCUCUGCCAGCCUUGUGCUCUGGCUCCAACCCCUGUUGGCCUGCCAGCCUUCUGCCCUACCUGUCCCAGUGGGCAUCGGCCUCCGCUGCUCCUUCCCAAACACAGAAGUUCCGUGAGAGGCAUGUCUGGCCACAUCUGGGCUGAAGAGUCCUGUGCUGGUGCUUUGUGGUGCCGUGGCAUCAGCCGGUGUGCUUUUGGGUGUAGCCCCUUCGCAUUUCCCCUUCCUGUGUGGUUAGUGGAGGGCCCCACUCACAGAAAGGUGCAAGUUAAAAGUGGGUGUCAUCCCACCUGCAGACGCUGGUGUGUUCUUUGGCUCCCGUGAUCCCUUGCCAUUGUGACUUUUCCCUGACACGGGACACACCAGUUCACGGUGAGCUCAGUGAGACGUUGCCUCACACAUGACACGCCAGCCGGUCUGCUCCUCACCCUCUCCUGAUUCGGCACCACUCAGCUGCAUGUUUGUUGUUGACCCUGUGGGUUGCUAUGGUAACAGGUGCAUUUCUAAAGAUGAGGGAAAUGUAGAGGCCCGAAACCAAACAAAUCUGAUUUCCCUGCGGCCGUUUGGCUGCGGCCAAGAACCAACCCCAUGAUGUUGUUGCAGAGGUUACUUUGGGCUGCGAUUCUCUUCGCCUCUAACAUGUGACGUGGCCUUCCUUCCUCCUGGCAGUGCCUUUCUCUCGGUGACCUUGCUGUGACACUUAGUCGCCCACAGAGCAGUCUGAGAGGAACCUCAGCCCCACUUCUUGAGCAGAAGUGGUGCUAAGGGCACCCUCCUCCCAAAGCUCCCACAACACGGCCAACUCAUUUUCUGCCACACUGUGGGAUCCUUUGGGUGAGGUUUACUUCUCCAUUCUAAGUUUGGGGCUGUAGUGCAGGAGGCAUCCAGACUCAAAACAGAUAUAUUUACCUCAGGGCUGUUCUCUCUCUCCCUGCUGGCGUCCCCCACAGUAUAGCAUUUCCAUACUGCCCUCUCAUAAAAUAUCAAGGCAGUGUACAGCAAUACAAUACAAUACAAUACACAAUACAAUACAGUACAAGACAAUACAAUACAAUACAAUACAAUACAUACAUGCAUACAUACAUAAAUAACAAGCAAUCAUUAAACUGACUGACGACUCAAGAAAAUUCUAAUCAUUCACACAUAUAUAGCAUAAACAUGAGCUCAUGCACACACAUAUAUGAGUACUAGCAGUGUUGUGAAAAACUGCCUAUGUGGAUGAAGGAAGGGAAAAUGUCCUAGUGAUAAGAGCAAUUAAUUACAGUGAUUUGAAUAAAUUAUUAGUAUUAUUUAAAGAAAAGGUUUCUAUUUUGGUAGCCAGGACUCCCCAGCUGUGGAAGGAGAAUGCCAGAAGGGAGACCCUGGGUCUUGGGAGCAAAGACUCCUUGUUUCCCUUUUCAUCCCUGUCAGGAGAAGUUGGGUUGGCUCCUUUGCCACAACAAGCCUUUCCCAGCUGAGUCCCUUGAGUACUGAUGAACUAUGACUCCCUUUAUCCCUGGCCAUUGGUUGUCCUGCCUGGGGAUUAUGGGAAUUGUAAUCCAGCAGUGCCUUAGUGGAGGAUUCUGGCUGGAUCACUUUGGAUCAUUCUAAUGAGACUGAAGACCUCUUAUUUUCUCUUCCUUUCUUCUUUCCUUCUUUCCAGGUCACAAUUCUAAAUGGAAGUGACAUUCGGCCCCUGUACAACUUUUCUGGAGAGCAGGUAAAUGGCUGCACUGUUCCCGCUGAAGCCAGGGAAGAGGGUCUUGAUGCUGCAGCUGGGCUUUGCCCAACCUCUGACAGAGGCCCCAGAGCCCUCAUGCCAGGCUCCAUUGCCAUCCCUUAGGGUGCCAUUCAGGUUGCCCCCUGCAGGCCACACCUGCGUUGAGGUCUGAGGUUCAUUCCAGGAAAGGACAGGAGCAAGAAAUAAGAAGCAUAGGAUGGUUCCUAAGAUCCACUGUGUUUACUAAUCCUAUUUCCUCCCCACUCAACCCUCAGGCUACCUGGGGCCUUAGACAGGACUUUGUCUAUGCUGUGAUUCAGUGUAUCAAAAGUACAGGAUUUGGAUUGAUUGGGUGCAGGGUGUUAAAUUUGGUUUUUCGUCCAGAGUAUAUACCCUGUAUGUGCUUAUCUGCCUGAACAGAAGUGUUGUUGCACAGCUGGUAGUCAGGGACGAUGGGAGUUAGACUACAGACAACAUCUGGAGGGCUCCCAGUGGGAGAAGGCUGCCCUGGAGAACCCCAGAAAUGUUAGGAACUAUCCUGUCUUGGAGGUGUGCAGGUACCAUGAUGGGUUUGGGGCCCCACCUGCCCAAUUCAUUUAAAGCAGAAUUAUGCCACUUUGAACGGUGUAGUUUACGCUGCAAGUUGUCAGGAGAUCCCAGUUCCCCUCAUAGGGCUACAAUUCCCAGAGUUCCAUUGUGAGAAUUGUUGCUCUGGGAGAGAACAGGGGUUUCCUAGUAAUUCUUGGCCUGCUUAACAAACACACCUCCCAGGAUUCUUUGGGGGAAGCGGCCAUGAAGAUGCUUUCAAUGUACAAUGCAGAUGUGGCCUGGGUCUGAGGGGUCUGUGGGGAGUGGUCUGUGGGGAGUCAAGAGUCCCGCCCUGAGCAGGCAGUCUGUCACGAUUGCAGGAUCCUUCAUCCUUCAGCCUCACCAAGCUGCCUGUCAUUUCCCUCAACAGAUGGCUGCCUAUUUUGGCUAUGCUGUGGCUGCCACUGAUCUCAACGGUGACAGGUGAGUGUUGAGGAAGGGUGACCGCAAUCACUAGUUUUGUGUGUGUGUGUGUGUGUGUGUGAGAGAGAGAGAGAGAGAGAGAGAGAGAGAGAGAGAGGCUUUUCUCCACACUAGAAGAAGCUGUGGGAAUGUUUGACUAUGUUUGAGUUUGGGAGAUUUUGGGUGGGCUCUGUCUAGGAAGAGAGUUGCCAUGGAUAGCAGAGGGAAGGGGCAGUGCAGACCCCAUGGAGAUACUCUGGCCAUGGUUGAGGAGGGGGGCUUUGUGCCUCUAGACCCUGCUGCUCUCCCACUUCCACUAGUGCUUCUCUGAACCCUGACAGUGAGCUCUUUGUACCUUUUGGAUCCAGAGUUGGUGAUUUUAAGGCUCUUUCUCUUUCUCCUCCCACCCCACCAUGCAGCCUAGAUGACCUACUGAUUGGUGCCCCCUUAUACAUGGAAAAAACAGAAGAUGGUCGUGUGCAGGAGGUGGGCAGAGUCUACAUCUUCCUGCAACAGCUGUACGGCAUGGAGCCAGUGGCGUCGGCCGCACUUACUGGUCACCAAGAAUUUGGACGCUUUGGCAGUUCUAUUGCUCCCCUGGGAGACCUUGACCAGGACGGCUACAAUGGUAGGGAUCUUUGAGAAGGAGAUGCAGGGGUGGGCUGCCCCGGAUAUUUGCAUCCCACCUUUCGUCAAAAGUUACCAAGUUCCUAACAAUUUUCUUGCAAAAUGUGAGCAUCCAUGAGGACAUUUUCAUUUUAUUGCUGUUGCUAAAUGUCUGCCCUUUCUUGAACUUUUUCACUUUGACAGCAGGAUUAACCAACAGCUUGUUAGUUCUAGCCUCCCUUUAUUUCACAAUGCCACACAGGCGUUGAUGCCAGAUCCCUGUUCCACCCAAAGCAGUUCUCCCGCCCUUCCCAGAUUUUUCAUAGCUGAGGUUAAGGUACCCUGGUUGAUUUUGGGGAGUUUUUUAUGAGUUAAGAUUGGGAGCGCACCCCAAUCAAUGCCAAACUGCAUCUGCAUAUGUUGCAUUGUUCAGGGCAUGCUUCCUGAAUGGAAGGAGGCCAGUGGAGAGUAGCAGUUCGCACAGAGAUGCAACAGGCAGCCCCCUUGAAAAUGGCUGUGCCUUUCCAAGGAGUGGGACUGGACAAUCUCAUCUCACCUGAUGCAGCAGCACAGUAGCAUUGUGGUCCAACUGCAUCCGAAGAGCCACAGCUUUAAUUUGUUUGCUUUCUUGCAGCCCACUAGCAAGCCCUGGGAUGUGGUUUUGAAUCUGCAGAGUCCUGAUCUCAUGAGCCAUUAUAUAACUAAAAGUACAGAAGGGUCAAGCCCAUCAUUUCGACAUUUGAGCUCAUGUACCUUUAACAGUUGUGUAGAUGGGAUAAUUUGGGCAAGAGCAGCUGUUCAAAGCAGUGUGCACUUACUGAAUUCCCCUUUUCUCUACUCAGCUGUUAUAGGUGCUGGACCCUUGGUGAUCGACUCCCCCUGCAACACAGGCUCCCAUUAGGGAACCCUCUUGAACCAGCCACACAAGUGUCCCACAAAAUAACAAAGAUCAAGUUUAAUGUGAUACAUUGAAAGAGGAGGCAGCAAUCUGUUCAGCAGAAAAUGUGUGUCUGAUUUGGUUCCCCGCCCGAGACAUAGUGUGCAUACUCAAGACAGCAUACAGUAGAUUAGUUUUCCUUUAAUGUCAUAGGCAAAUCAGAGGGGCUCCAAAAUCAUUAAAGAGCAAUGAUUCCUCCUGCCCUUUCAGAAUACAUUUAUGAGCAAGGUCUGGAUUCUGAUCACAGCCAGAUGCAACCCAGGACAAAAGUUUUAUAGGUAUUUGUGACCCAUAUUUGUGUAUGUAGCCGAAUAGGAAAACCCUACAUGUGAUUUGGCUGCCAUCUGCUGGAUGAGGUUCAUACUGCACAUUUGCAUCGUGCUAUGUAUGUCUGGGCAGGUACUGAAAUUCCUGGUUUCUGCUACAGUCCUGCACAAGAGAGCUGGCUAAGGCCUGAUGCUUUUCUUCUUCUCCAUUGUUUUAAUUUAUUGUGUUAAAAUAUUUCCUUUUGUCUCACCUUUUAACUCAGAAGUUUCUAAAGCAGCUAAGAGCGAAAAGGCAGCAAAAAUUAAAACUAAUUGGAGCAGAGUUUGCAUUCUUGUGUACAAAUCCUGCGAAACCAUUUCUGAGCCCCUGUACUGGGGUUCCCUGGGCACAGGAGUUAGGGGGAUGAGGGUGUGGAGUGAGAAGAGGUUACUAUGUGUUUUUAUUACAUUAUUCCCCACCUUUCCUCCAAGGAGCAUAAGGUGGCAUACCUGGUUCCCCCCUCCUCUUCCUAUCCUCACAAGAACCCUGUAAGGUGGGUCAGGCGGAGAGACAGUGUCAGGCCCAGCAAGCUUCAUGGCCGAGUUGCAGUUUGAACCCUGGUCUUCCAGUCCCUGGUCUGACACACUAAUCACUAUACCAUAUUGGUUCUCAGUGUGGUUUUUGGUUAGAGUACUAACGGAGGCAGCCUGGGGAAUUUGGGGGACAAGUCAGCAGAGUGAGAAGGAGGGUCCCUUAAUCCAGUUGGGCUCCUUUUUGAAAGAAGUGAAGUAACACACUUCACCGUUUAAAGUGGGGAGGGAUGGGGGGCUCUGUAGGACCAAGACCAGCAACUCAAUUUAUCUAACUGUACCACUGCCAAGAAAGGCUCCGGCGGAAUGAGUGGGCAAGACCAAGAGUGGGUCCAAUGGUCAAGAAAACAGUUUCUGCAUGUGCUGUUGAGGGAAGUGAGGGGCGGGUGGGGCUUGUCCACCUGGGAAGGGAGUCCAUCCAGGAGAAGGAAAACUCUGAUCCUAAAUCUCUGCUGCUUUGCGGGGCAUCUUCAGGAGAAGAAAGACUAAGGAUUAAAACCUACAGAAAUCUGGAGUGGAGUCUCCUGCAGCCCAACUGGUGCCAAACUUAUUGCUCUGCUUUUGUUUGGACCACAUCAGUGAGGCUGAGAGUGGGGUCGUGUCUGGGCAGCCCAGGACCUCCAUACACACUGCCCAGGUUUGCGCCCUGGGGAGGUCAUUUCAGUGCUGCUAAUGCAGUAGUUUGACUUCACCCCUGGAGGUGCACUCCAUUGUCUCUUGAGCCAGACAGAUGCCAGGCUUCCAGUUCUGGAGGUUAUAACCCAGUGUGCCCUCCUCUCUCUCAGCCUUUCUGGCCUUCCCCUCAGCUCAGCUCACAGCUCAGCAGUGGUGAUGGCAGUUCCCCUCUGGCCACCUAACUACCCCUCUCUCCCUCACCCUCCAAACUGCGCACAGGCAAAAGUUGUCAGUCACAGCUGGCUGUGCAUGCGCUCAAGGGCGCUAGCAUGACAACAGUCUCAGGCAAACGGGAAGAACUGGUGCCUUAUUGAUGGUGGUUAGUCUGUCCUUCUUUUUUCUUUAUUUCAAUUGUCACUGCAUUGCUUUUUUUAACCCCUGCUAAAAAUUCUUUUCUUUAAUCAAGCCUGUCCAGAUGUGCAUUUGACAUGUUGUUUUUAACAGGUAAUUGUGCUUUGUUAUUUCUUUUUUUUUUUUUAACUGCUGGUUUUACUUCUGUUUUGAAAUGCUUUAGGCCAACUUGCUUUCAACACAUGGGCAUUUCUUUAAAUGAGUGUUUUGUUUAAUGUCAAGGGUGGGGAACCUUUGGCCCUCCCGUGGUUGCUGGACUCCCUACUCCCAUCAUCAUGACCAUUGGCCCUGUUUGCUGGGGCAGCUGAAAGUUCAACUCCAAGAGCAGGGGAGGCAACCUAAGGCCCAUGGGCUUCUCAAUCCUGCCCGCAGACAGUCCAGGAAUCAGUGUGUUUUUACAUGAGUAGAAUGUGUCCUUUUAUUUAAAAUGCAUCUCUGGGUUAUUUGUGGGGCAUAGGAAUUCGUUCAUUUCCCCCCAAAAAAUAUAGUCCAACCCACCACAUGGUCUGAGGGAUGGUGGACCGGCCCACAGGUGAAAAAGGUUGCUGACCUCUGUCCAAGAGCAUCUGGAGGGCCAAAGUUCACCUGCACCUGUUUCAUGCCAGCCACUUAAGAGGUGUUUGUAGAUCGAGUGGCAUCUAGGCCUUGUCAAAUACCUGAAUGAAUGCUGACGCUGGAAUUUGUUCCUGCAGAUGUGGCCAUUGGGGCCCCGUUUGGUGGCAAGGAGCAGCAAGGCAUGGUCUAUGUGUACAAUGGCCGGCCUGGCGGACUGAAUCCCAAGCCUUCUCAGGUGUUACAGGGCCACUGGCCAGCUGGCCAGACUCCAGACUUCUUUGGCUUCUCCAUGCGUGGGGCUAAGGACCUGGAUGGAAAUGGCUACCCAGGUGAGGACUGAGUGUGAAACCACAAGAAAGGCUGCAAUGGGGCAUCUGAAGCAUCAAAGAGCCAUAGGUUAUCUUUGGUAGCUUUGCAUGGAUGAGGUCCCAGGUUCGGUCCCAGCUCUCUCUGGCUAAAGGCAGAAAUCCAAAGGGGCCCCAGCAAACUCUUUAUCCUAUAGAGCAGGUUUAGCCAAGUUGUUGGACUCCCAAGUCCCCACCAGCCCCAGCCAGUGUCGCCCACUGGCCAGGGAUGAUGGGACUCAUCGUCCAGCAAUAUCUGGAGGGCACUUUGUUGCCUGACCCCGAUACGGAGGCAAUAUGGUUCUCUGUGCAAUUGAGUAACAACUUAAGGAAGUCCAAAUAAUAUUCACAAGUGGGAUCUGCAAGAAAACGUUUCCACGUGGAGUGCUCCUGUUCACUGUAUCAGCCAGCCAGCCAUGCUCUCUAGGCAGUUCCUCCCACCCGGGUUCCCAUUCCACCCCCUUCAGCAUUCUGUGGCCAUCGAGCACUCUCAGUCCUCACUGAACUGUCUGAGGUUUCUUACAGCUUUAGUGGUUUUUAUUUUAAGAUCUCUGUGCUCCUGAUACCUCCCUCGUGCCUGUAUGGCGCCAUUUUGGCUCUGUAGGCAGCAGCACUCAAAGCCUGCAUGUUGGAAAUAGAGGGAAUUAUUAUAUUCCUGAUGAUUGAUCAGAUAAUCCAACAGCCGGUUUGGGCAUCUUGUAUCCUAAGGAGCAUGUUAACAUCUGGCAUAAAUAUAGGUCUUCAGGGAGGCAACCCUCAGAAUGCUCUCAAAGGCAGAGUGAAAGCAAGAAAGUGUCCCAGUGGUAUUGUAAAAAGCCCUCUGCAAUUGCAUUUAUAAACACCCACUUUAUAAUGAGCAUUUAAUAUCAGGUCUCCAAAGAGACUCUCACUUGAAGGGCAGCAGUCAUGCAAGGAGGCUACCACCCUUGUCUAUGUUCAAGUGGUCCAUUGAUACUUAUCUUCGCAAAACUUGGGCAUAAGAGCAUUAUCCGCCCCUAACCAUGCAGCUGUUGAUUUGCCCUUAUCUCAGAGGGCUUUGCAAGGAAGAGCAAUAAAGGAGGCUUCCUCUGAGCAUGUGCUAAGUGGUUUUCCCCAUAACCACUGAGAAACAAUAGGCAAUGUGACACAUAAGCAGCUUUGAGCUAAGUUUCUCUUUUGAAACCAACCCCUGGAAAAUGGUAUCAAAAUCUGCAACGAGAUAAGGCUCAUUGCUUGUCCGCUACUUUCUCUCCCUUUAGAUCUGAUUGUGGGAGCCUUUGGAAUGGACACAGCCCUGGUUUACAGGUAGGCACUGUGCCAGUGUGAGCCAGUGUGGUGUAGUGGUUAAGAGCGGUAGUCUCGUAAUCUGGGGAACCGGGUUUGCUUCCCCGCUCCUCCACCUGCAGCUGCUGGGUGACCUUGGGCCAGUCACACUUCUUUGAAGUCUCUCAGCCCCACUCACCUCACAGAGUGUUUGUUGUGGGGGAGGAAGGGAAAGGAGAUUGUUAGCCGCUUUGAGACUCCUUAAAGGGAGUGAAAGGCGGGAUAUCAAAUCCAAACUCUUCUUCUUCUUCUUCAUAAGGACUGUGGAUGGGGAUGCAGACAAAUGCAUCUCCCCACCCCUCGAUUUGGGAGAGAAGAGUUUGAAAGGUUCAGAAAGACAGGUGAAAUGGUAAACACAUCACAGUUAUUUCUCUCCCUCCCUCUCUUGCCUACCUUCACAGGGGCCGCCCCAUUGUUCAUGCAAGCGCCACUCUCAGCAUCUUCCCCACCAUGUUUAACCCUGAGGAGAGAGCUUGCACCCUAGAGGGCACUGGAACCCCUGUUGCUUGGUGAGUGAUGUUGGAAGGAAACCACAGUGGAAUGUACAGUCCUGAUGGUCCCCAAGUGACGGUGGCAACUGUAGCUCUGUUGGCCUUAUUCUGAGCUACAAUUCCCAGUCUUCUGGGGUAAGCCAUAGGGAAGGACCAUAGCUCAGUGGCAGCGCACAUGCUCUGCACACCAAAGGUCCCAUGUUCAACCCCCAGUAUCUCCUGGUAGGACUGGGAAAGAGCCCUGUGCGAAACUCUGAAAUAGGCUCCUGCUGGUCAGUGUAGACCACACUGUGAGGGGGUGUGGCCUGAUUUGGUGUCAGGUUGCUUCCUGUGUUCCUGUGGCAGGUGAGCCAUUUCAAAAGCAGUGUCUUUCCACACUGUAAAGGAGUAAAGGAGUAUCACGAGCAAAAGCUCCCCACCUCUCACCAGGAUGCUUUCUGGUGUUUACCUGAUGGGAGAAAGAGAAGAGUCCCAUGUGGACAAGCCCUAAGAGAGCUGUGACUGUUAGACCCAUCUGAGAUCAGUGCCAGGGCUUAUCUCUCAGUAAGGGAGUCUUAGGACAGGAGGCCUUUUACUAUUAAACCUGCACUAGCAUGUGCAUCCUGGUGUCUGCAUUUUUUUGUGUGUUUUUUAAUGGUAUGCUACUGUAGGAGUGUUAAAAAAACCCCAACAGUUUGUAAAAUUCCAGAAACGCUUAAAAUGUGGGGGGCUGUCCUUUUCAAAAACAAUGUCCAUGGAUCUACAUAUUAGUGGGCAGCAGUGCUGGGAGCUGGAAGGAAGCCCCCCUGUGGGUGCUUGUAGCAGCUGUCAUAACCAAAGAGCUUCUACUGUUACGUAGAGGCUUCUCACCACAUGGAACCUCAUUCGCAGGCUCCUGCAUGAACAAACCCCUAGGAGCCCUUACCUCCGUGCUUGCACUAACUCAUUCACUCCAGGCAAAGCAGAACCAGGAAGCAGAUAGUCUUGUGAUAUUUUACGGCAGAGGUGAAAUAAGCUGUCACAAUGGAGAUCGGUUUCAUGUGGUCUCCAUGUGACAAAAAUAGCAUGUGCCUUCCACAUUUGCUCCAACUAAGAAGGGGCUGUAUUGAUCCUCUAGCCAUGAAAGGGGCCUGGGGGGAUAUUUAUGAACUGAGUUUUUCAGUUGCUCAGCAACUGGAAAGAAGUGGGGGUUGCCCUGGCCACCUGCCCAACUUGACUAUGAAUGGGUGAUUGUAAUAGGCUGGUGACCCGGCUGGGACCACAUGGCUGGGAGGAGAGGCUGAGUCAUCCAGACAGGAACACACCCCAACCACCACCACCCCACCAUCACAUGUUAGCCGCUCUCCCCCCACCCCAACUCUUGCAUCAAGAGAAUCUGCCUCUUGAAUGAGCUUCCCUUUCUACACCUAGAACGGUUGCCCUCAGGCCAGGUGCAUUUUGUUGCCCCCUUCUCUGCAUUUCAGUUUGUUCUGCCUUGGAACACCUGUGUCCCUGGGAACAAAGCCCAGAUUCCCUUUGCUGCCUCAUCCCAUUUCUUUCCUGGCAGAACUGACAGAACGUGGCACAUCUUUCCUAUCCCCAUAGCCAUUCCUUUUUUAAAUAGGUGGCAUUCCUGCGUGCCACUGGCUCUCCUCUAUCUCCCUCCAGAAGGCACCCUGUCCAGAGCACCAGCCUCCUUUCCUGGCAGUGAUUUCCAUUUUUAUAGCACCAUAGUGCUUUACAGUGAUUAAAGCAAGCAAUCCUUUGAGGUAGGCCCUUAACAAGGAAUAACCAAGGUUUCAGGACUACAACUCCCAUCAGCCGAUUGGCCAUUACAGCUGGGACUGAUGGGAUUUGGAAGGCACCAUGUUGACUACUCCUGCCCUUAAAUAAUGUCAUUCUACUGUAGUGGAGAUGUAGGUGAGCCCCUGACUGAGCAAGGAUCUGAACCCAGGGCAUUCACAUUCCAAUUUUACCCUCCCUAGACUGCACUGCCUUUCACUCAUUUCUUACAAUGACUCAUUGCUCCCCCCUUUCUCCCAUGUCAACAGCAUCAACCUGAGCUUUUGUCUGAAUGCAUCUGGGAAACAUGUGCCCGACUCCAUUGGUGAGUAAUAUGGGGAAGGGGUGGCAUCUAUGCCAUUGACAAGUGCUGGCAUCAAGAAGUUGUCUCAGAGUCUAGCACAGCUGGUCCACAGGCAUCUGGUUGACCAGUGUGGUGUAGUGGUUAAGAGCGGUAGUCUCGUAAUCUGGGGAACCGGGUUCGCGUCUCCGCUCCUCCACAUGCAGCUGCUGGGUGACCUUGGGCUAGUCACACUUCUUUGAAGUCUCUCAGCCCCACUCACCUCACAGAGUGUUUGUUGUUGGGGAGGAAGGGAAAGGAGAAUGUUAGCCGCUUUGAGACUCCUUCAGAUAGUGAUAAAGCGGGAUAUCAAAUCCAAACUCCUCUUCUUCUUCUUCUUCUUCUUCUUCUUCUUCUUCUUCUUCUUCUUCUUCACUGGGAGAACUGCAUGUUGGGCUAGAGGAGGCCUUUGGCCUGAUCCAAAGGGCUUCUCUUAUGUUCCUAUGAACCUUCAGCAUAAAGGAGGCCUUGGAGUUAGGCCAAGAUCAGCUGGAGGUCAAGCCAAGUUUUCAGAUUCUGGAACCCAGAAGCUGGGACAGAAAGCAUGGCAAAAGCAGAAGGCUACACAGCAAGGAUGGGGAACCUUGGCCCUUCAGAUGUUGCUGGACUCCACCUCCCAUCACCCCCAGGCAGAAUGGCCAAUGCUCAGGAAUUAUGGGAGAUGUAGUCCAGCAACAUUGAGAGAGGCACUGGAGGCCAACAAUAAAGCGAGAUGAGCGUCGCAACCCCAGAGUCGUCCGCAACUGGACCUAAUGGUCAGGGGUCCCUUUACCUUUAAAUUGACGUAUAACAAAUCUGAAAAUAGUAUUCUCAUUGUAAAUUUCUUUCAGUUGUAAUGAAAAUGGGCAGGAAGACCAUCUGCCACACUUGUAGUGACCCAUAGGCUACAAAUUACCAAUGGUCCGAGUACAGUGCAAGAGUGUCCCUUCCAGGUGCCAAAAAUGCUGUAACUCUGAGGAAGCAUCGCAGAACAAUUAAUAAAGCUGAAUGUUGUUUGGGUGGUCUGGUAGAAAUCCACCUCUAUUAUUGCAUAAGCAAUGAAAUGUUGCAGAAUAUGCCUGCAAACAACCAAACCAUCAAUCUGAGCCCUCCCUGACUGCCAUUUUGCUAAGAAACCAAGAGUUAUAUCUUGUGGGUGAUCAGUACUUCUUCUGGGACUGAUGUGGGAGCCCCUCUUGGGCUGCGUUCUGGGGCAUAGGGCUAUUACAGCUCAGUUGACCCCAUCUUCUUCUCUCCUGCAUGCGUAGGGUUCAGUGUGGAGCUGCACCUCGACCACCUCAAACAGAAAGGGGCAGUGAAGAGAGCGCUCUUCCUGCGUUCCCGCCAGCCCCACCUAGUCGAGACCCUCCAAAUCCGCAACGGUGCCAACUCUGAGUGCCGCGAGAUGAAGAUCUACCUCAGGGUGAGUCUCAGUCUGUGCCCACAAGCUCUGCCUUCUUCUCUGGGUAUUUCUGCACUUCAUUGCAAUGAAAGUUACGGCUUUGUGCAGGGGUGGGUAACCUGUGGGUUUGCCAGAUGUGCUGGACUCUGCUUCCCAGCACCCAUAUCCAGGGAUCUAAAAAGGGUUCCCACAGUGGCUGGCAUGUGACUGCACCUGCAACUCCACUGCAGCCCUCGCAGUUUGGCUGAAGAGUCAGAGGAACACCCGUCACCCCGUGGUGCAGCAAGCAUUUCUCUGCAGCAUGGGACCCAUGCCCUCGGUGCCUUAUCCCCCCUCUGUCUCUUUCUCCAGAACGAGACUGAAUUCCGCGACAAGCUCUCCCCCAUCCACCUGUCUCUUAACUUCUCGCUGGAUCCAGAGGCCCCGCAGGACGCACAUGGUCUGCAGCCCAUCCUCAACUACCUCACGCACAACCACAUUGAACAGAAGGUACUCUCGGGUUGGAGGAUUGCUCAGCAGUUGCUCCCAGCAUUCCAUGAACACAUGUUUGGUGCUAUGGGAUACAGAAAGGGCUUCUCUCCUCCCUGGCAGGGUAGACAGCAGUGCAGCGACACUCAGCCUUUCUGGAAAGAUAAUAACCCAAAAGCAUGUAAGGUCUACAAGACAGGGAAACUUAAUGCCCUUUGUCUAGAAUAUGUCCCUAUUCGUUUCAAGAAGAACUGCAGGCUAUCCAACGGUUAAUGGUCACUUUCAAAACACGACAGCACAGAAGUAGUGGCUCAGUCUUGGACACAACAAGAAGCCAGAAUUCUGGGACUCGGCAAGAAAAUGCUGCCAGCAUCUUUUUCCUGCCUGCACGGAAAGAGAUGGGAAGCAUGCAAGCCCAAGACUCACUGCAGCUUAUGAACAUAGUUCUACGCCAUGGUUUAGCUGUUCAGCCAAAUACAGCUUUUGUAGUUUUGUAGCUUAUGUUAUGUCAGCAUAGUAGUAGGUUAACGUGAUCCUUUUAGUGUUGGCAAACAGACAAAGAGGUGUUUUUGUCUUUUUUUGCCUACCAGGCCCAGAUCCAGCUGGACUGUGGUGAAGACAACGUCUGUGUCCCUGACCUUCAGCUUGACGUUUUUGGGUAAGGCUCUCUCUUGCCUCGCUCUGUGGCAUCACAAACAUGGAAGAAGCCAAGCAGUUUGGGUGCUGUUUGCAUUCUGUUGCUUUAUCCAUCACCCAGAAUAUUCAGGCAGAUCCCCCUUGCAUCCUUGUUACACAUGGUGAACCCUCUGCUUUCGUGGACUCAGGAAGGGAUUGUAGCUCCUGGCACCCUCUGCAGAAGUCCUGAUCUCCUUCCUUUCUUCCAGGGGUCUACUCUCUUGCUAAUCAGAUAUUCCCUCUUACCAACGCAUCUGCCUCCAGCACGGCCACGUGGGAACACCAGAACAUACAAUACAAUACAUGCACACCUUUGGCAUUGGGGGGCUGGGGAGCAGUGAUUUCCCUCAGAAGGGUUCACCUUCAGCAGUUUGGCUCCCUCUGCUGUUGUAAAACGGAAGUGCAAUUGGACGGGAUAAAAAGAUGGCCAAAACGAUGCUCUUAUUACCCACAGCAACGGAUCCUGCUUCUCUGCUGUUAGCUGAUCUCGUGCCUUUCCCAUCUAAUAGCACAUGGACAUAGAUUAUAUCACUUCUUGUGUUGUGUCAGCAGCAUCUUGCACACUGCUUGCCCAUAUGUAAAUGUUUUAAAAAGUAAGCUUUCUAAUAAUAGAGUAAUGUAAAGGAGUAAGAAUUGCAAAAGGUGUCAUAUAAACAGAAGCAAGCUAUGAAUUAAGGGGAGGGCAUGUGUUCAUCCACCACCAACAACCCCUUCCUAUCUGAAUCUGUCUGCAAUCAAUGGGGUGGGCUGUAGCUCCAUGGAAGAACAUCUACUUUGCAUUAUGCCUCUGAAUCCCAGUUGCUGGGUUUUCGGAGGGGGGGGGAGUGUAGUUGCAUUUGCGUCCUCCUUGCAGGCUUCACAGGCAUCUGGCUGGUCACUGUGAGAACAGGAUGCUGAAUUAGAUGAGUCAUUGGGCUGAUCCGGCAGGACUCUUCUUACGUUCUUCUGCAUGCAGAAGGUCCAGCCCCCGGUGUCUCCAGGCAAGGCUGGGAGAAACUCCCAGAAGAGCUGCUUCCAAUCAGUAUAGAUGUUGCUGACCUGGGCCAGUCACCUGACUUUGUAGAAGGUCGCUUCCUAUCUUCCUAGGGAUCCGGCUGAACACAUUCAGUGCCCUUCUCCUACCUUCACAAGGUUUCCAUUCCAGGGUGCAGAGACCUGAGAUCUCAGUUAAGCAAAUGCUAAACACUCAGUAUUAGGUGCAUUCAAGGAAUGCUCUUGGAAGCCUUUGUUAAUAUAUAUAUAUAUAUAUAUAUAUAUAUAUAUAUAUAUAUAUAUGGGGCACUAGUAUUAAGGACAAAAUAGGUACUCCUUUUUACGCAGAGAGAUCUGUGCCUGGCAUGCACACUGAACAUACAGGCCCAUUUUCAUUUAUAAUCCUGUGUAUAAUGCGAGCUGUCCAGAGGGGUGGGGGCAUAGCUGCAUAGCUCAGUCAGUAGAGCAUGCAACUCUUAAUCUCAGGGUUGUGGGUUCAGUCCCCAUGUUGGGUGGAAGAUUCCUGCAUUGCAGGGGGUUGGACUAGAUGGCCCUCAUGGUCCCUUCCAACUCUGCAGUUCUAUGAAUGUACCUGAGGCACUUCUGGGACUCUCUUUGUUCCAUAUGUCAGUUCAAAAUGAAGGGUGGAGGAGAAACUGAAUACAGUUUUUGCCAUUGUUUUUUAAGUUCAAAGUGAUAUAAGCUUCAUGUGUGAAAACAACCAGAGUUGCAUGGUCUGAAAUGGCUGCUCUCUAUAUUGUUCCUCCUAAAAAUGGGCAUCCUGGAUCUUUGCUGAUAUGUGUGUGCUCUCCUUCUCCUUCUUUGCUGGGUCUGUUGCAGGGACCACACUGUUGUCUACCUGGGAGACAAGAAUGCACUGAACCUCACCUUCCAUGCCCAGAACCGCGGUGAGGGUGGUGCUUAUGAGGCUGAGCUCCACGUUACCAUCCCACCGGAAGCAGACUACAUGGGGGUUCUGCGGAAUCAUGGGGUACGUGCCUCUGCUGGAGAGACCUCAUCCUUCUGCAGGCAAAUCGCCUUGCAACCCCUCCUGGCCAUGGGGGAGUGAACUUAAUGAAGAGGCUGUCCUUUCCCAAAGCUUGGAACUGAGAUACAAGCACAAUUCUCAAUUUUUGGGAAAGCAGAUAUAUGAUGGUGGGUUCCUGAGUAUGAUCAUUUUUAAAGGGGGGGGGGAGAAGAAGAGGAAGAAGAAGAAGAGGCAGCAAGUUUAUCCUUUGUGGGUUUUUGAAAUAACAUAGGAAGUGCUUUUGCAAAAAGGUCUAGUCCUCAUGGGGUAGAAGGUCUGUGGAUAUAUCUAUGCUAGAAAUUGAUAAUAGGUUUUGCAGCUGCAACUAUCAUGGCCCCCUCUUGAGGGAUCCAGAGAAUGCGGUUAUGGUGAGGCUGCAAUGCUUGAUUGCUUAGACUGGUAUAUUAAAAUGCUCUCAAAUUUCUUUUUAAAAAAAUAAUGUCCCUGAUUUCCUCAGAGAGCAGACUUUCUGAGUCAACCUGUGGGUGGGGCUGGGAAGAUGACUCCACCCACCAUCCCAGUCUCUGCCCACCAGAUGUCCUCCAGAUGUUUUAGAGUACACCUCCCAGCGGUCCCAGCUAGUGUGGUCCCUUGCGCCCUUGGCAAGGAGGUGCAUCAACGCCGUGCUCUGGGGAAAAAACACACUUUACUGCAAUAGCCACAUGAGAAAUUGCUACAUUUGAUGCGACCCAAAUACUUUAAGCAUCUGUCGUGAGGGUGAGGCAUUGCACCAACCCCCCCUGAGCUCAGGCAUAGGCAAGUCCACCCUCCUGUUCUCACACUUGUUUCCUUCUGUCUUCUAGAACCUUUCCAGCCUGAGCUGCCACUAUGACACGGUGAAUGACACCAACAUGGUUUUCUGUGACCUCGGCAAUCCAAUGAAGGCAGGCACCAGUGUGAGUGUCUGCACUCCAUGGCAAGGGGGUCUUGUUAGGGGCAGGUGGCUAGAGGACUCUUCGAGCCACUUCCCUGGUGCUUGGGGUGUGCUGGGAGAGCCUGGGAUACCAUAAGAUGAGAAGUCAACUGUGGUGAAGGGAUCUAUGGUUAUGGUGCGAAGGGGCCGCUCAUUGGAGCAAGGCAAAACUGGCAAGCUGGGAUCAAAGCCACUUUAAUCUAUUUGUGAUAGGGGACUCAAUGACAAAGUACGAGAGAGCUUCUGUGUCCUUUGGGAAGCUGCAAGCAGGGAGAGUGAUGACACUCAUAAUAAUGGGGAGAGCAUAUAUCUGGGGCACAAUGCCUUUUCCUUCAAGUGGGAGCUAUCUGUUGGGGGGUUAUUCAUCCCACCCAUGUGUGAGGAUUAACCAAUUAGGGUAGGGCUAGCUAAACUCACCCAGAAUAGGAAGGUUGGCUCUACCAUAAGGCAGAGUGAGGCCGCUGCCUCAGGUGACACAAGCCAUUGACAGUGGAGAGUGGGGGGAGGGUCACAGAUACUGACUCUUCUCUUUUCCGUAUCUCGCCUAGCUCUGGGGUGGCCUACGCUUUACUGUGCCUCACCUUGAUGCGAAGAAAUCCAUCCAAUUUGACUUUCAGAUUCACAGGUAAAAAUGAGCCAGAGAAUUCCCCCAAAUUCUCCCCAUAGCUGCCCCUGUUACCUGCCCCAGGACGGCGCAUUGCAAGGAAGGACCAGGGAUAAAUGGGUGAGCUGAUUUUUGGGGAGGCUUGUCUUCCGUUGCUGACAGAGCAGGGAUUGGCAGCCUGUUGCUGGACUCCCAUCGUCCCUGUCCGUUGGCCAUGAUGGUUGGUGAUGAUGGGAGCUGGAAGCCAAAUGACACCAGGUUCCCCAUCCCUGUGACAGAGGAACCGCAGGAUUCCCCAGGGCAGGAUUCAACUAAGUGCAGAACACGGUCCUCUUGUGCAAAGGAAUUCCCCCCUCUCUUCCCCCUGCUCCUCUUUAAUCCUUUCUGGGGGACGGGGGCUUUUUGCCCAAGUGGAAUGUGUCCUCGCACUCUGGUCAUGCCUCUUCCUUCCCUGGGUUGAUGACAGAGGGGUGUGCAUGCGUCUGUGUAAAAACUACAGAGGUACAAUUUUCACCCAUUGCUCUGCCCACUUUUGUCUCUGGCCCCACCUGCCUCAACCCCUUGGGGCUGAAUAAAGGUCCACAACCCCUUUCCUAGCUGCUGCUUGUGUAUUCUUCUUCUGUGCAGUGCUAGUCUUACAUACAGUCACAUAUAAUUAUGUCUCUUUCACUACAGCAAGAACGCAAACAAUUCCCACAGUGAGGUGGCUUCGUUCCCCUUGCGUGUCGAGGCUGCCGUUCAUCUCAAAGCCCAGGGGUGAGUGUGAUGCCAGAAGCAAAGUGUUUGGCAUGGUCAUUAAUUGUUUUAAUAAGAAGGUGUGAGGCCCCCACAUCUCCUCUUCAGUCCCCAAAGGGUAAAUUAUAGGUCUUCCCUGGUGAAGCCCUGUCUCUCUUUGGGGGGGAUAUACACUCAUGAAGUGAGUUCUGCUCAUUCAUUGAGACUUUCCCCUCUGCCUCCCUCUUUGCUCCCCCUAAAAAUGUUGUGGGGGUUCCCUCAACCCUCUAGCUCAUAUUUGUGGGCGGUGUGGGGAGAGGAGAGGGGGGAAAGCCCUGGUUGAGCUAGAGGAAGCCCCUGUGUUGGCUUCUGCGCUCAGGACUAGUUAGCUGACUCUCACCCGAUGCUCAUAUCCUUUGUAGAAGCCCCAAGAAGCAGGUCUAGGAAUCCUGUCUCUGAAGUAGCACUAAGGCAACACUCCAGACACUUCGGUUUAGCUGGUUCACACUCAAUCUCUUUUCCCCACGGGAGGCUGGGCUAGUCAGAGGAUAUCUGUGAUCGUGGGGGGGCAUAAGAGAGCAGGUGGUCCUUUAGGAACUUUGGACUUUGUGAAUUAAUACAAGAACCUUGAAGCUGCCCUGCAGUGAACUGGCAACCAGCACAGCCCUCUCAGCAGCAGAGAGUCGUGCUGCCAGUACUUCUUAUUUACUUCAUUUAAUCUGCUCCUGUGAGCCACACGAGCUGUAGCUUCUGCAUCAGAAACUCUUUUGUUUCAGUAAGUAGACAAAUCCAAAUACACAUAAAGCAUAUUAACAAAAAUGUUUGGUGUUUUAUAGUGUUUUUAAUAUUUUGUUGGGCGCCACCUAGAGUGGCUGGGCAACCCAGUCAGGUGGGCGUCAUGUUGUUGUUGUUAAUUUACUAUUUUUUCCUCUUGGAUGUUAUCAUCACCUUUUUGAAGAAUCUAGGUUAGCUGCCUUGAACAUUUUAUGGAGAAGCAAUAAAAAUAUUUCAAUAAAUAAAUGAUACCAAUGCCAGAGAUCUUAGAAUUUGAUAUUGCUGAGGAAAAGUGGGCUAGGAAAAGGAUCUUCAUUUUGAAAUUACCAAAGAGAGAUUUUUUUAAAGUUGCAAUAAAAUCCGCUGUUACACCAGAAAACAAUACAAUGCAACUGAUGAGGGCCUUCAGGUUUGCAACACUAGUUUUAUUGCAAUUCUGUAAACUUUCGUAAUUUUGCAUUUUUUGCCAUUUUGAAUAGCCUAAAUAAUUCAUAAGGAUUUUGCUCUGGCCUGUUUAAAAUUGCUUUUUCUUCUGCAUGUCUGAGUGCCUUCCUUUCCCCUUCUAUAGAGCAUCCAUGCCAGAGACAGUGUCCCUUCCAGGGACUGGCUUGCUCCCAAGUCGAGCGCUGCAACGAGAACAAGACGUGGGCCCCGGUGUGUGCCAUGUCUAUGAGGUGGGUGUUGUCCAUGGACGACAAGAGUGCAAGGGUGGUGGCAGUUCAUGCAUGGGCAGGAUCAAUCUUGCUUUUGGAACCAUACCUUUGCUUAGCAAGCAAGGAGGGAAAAAGGUGAAAUUCUGAAUCCUGUGCCCAGUGCUGUAUUCUGUGUUUCUUCUGUGUUCCUGAAGAAUUACGGCAUGCACACUAUCUCAUAUUCUUAGCUUUCAAGGUUUCACAAGGGAGAAAUCUGUUGGCAGCACUGAUAGCAAAAUGGAACCUCCAGCAUUAGAGGCAGUGUAUCGUUGGAUAAUGGGUGCUAAAGGGCAAACUGCAGGAGAGAGUGUUUGCUUCAUUCCUGGAAGCACCUGGCUUGCCACUAUUUAAAACAGUACCAGUCUGUCUAUCCUCCUUUCUCUGUGACCACUGGGCCUGUCCACCAUGUUUAGAUCAUUGUGCUUGUCCCCCACCCCCAUCCCUGCUGCCGCCUCUUUGGGGGAGGGUCUUGUAGCUCAGUGCUGGAGCAUCUGCUUUGCCUGCAGGUGAUGGGAAAGCUUCUCAGUCCUUGCAACCCCCAGAGAGCCAUUUCCAGUCAUAACAGACCACACCAAACCAGAUGGGCUCAUAAUCUGACUUGGUGAUGUAAUGCAGCUUCCGAUGUCCCUGCGAUUUGUUUUCUUCCCAUUUGUCCUGCAGUUUUUGAAUGAUGGGCCUAGUGCCAUCAGCGAGGGGAUCUUGGACAUCAGCUGCCCGCUCCGGACUCAAGGGCGAGCUGUGAUGUACAUGACACGCUACGUGGCACAAGCCAACUGCACCUCCAGCCACCUCCUCAACCCGUCACGCCUGCAGGUAAUGGUUGGUCAGCGGGCGGGAAAAGAAGCGACUCUGCAGAGGACUGGCCUGGGAUGUGAGUUUGGGGCCUGGAGCUCAGCCCCUGCAACCAGGGACAGUGCAAUUCCCUAUCAGCACAGGAUUAAAAUGCUGAGUAGUAGGAGCAUUUUUAGGUGGGUGGGGGAACUCAGCGUUCACAAUGCAGAAUGCCAGCCUCUCCUCCAGACAAGCCUAUUUAUUUAAGCAUUCAUCCUGAUUUGGUUGCACGAAGCCUACAGAGAAGUUAGAUUAUGUAUAUCCUUUAUUGGGCGCUCAUUUUAAUUUGUUUGUAGGGAGGUUCUAUGACAUUGAGUAUUUUCUUGACUCCUUCCUGAAAACUCUGACAAUCUGAUGGCACUCCAGGUUUUGAACCUUCUUCGUAACUCAUCCCCAUCCUGUUCUGUGCCAGGAACCCUAAUGCUUUGCCCCUUCCCCAACAUUUCUCCAAUAGCUUCUCUUGCCCCCUGGCACAUAUUUGGCCUUUGUAACCUGCCUCCAUUGGUCGGCUGGAAAAGAAAAAACCAUUAAGCACGGUGUCUCCAUGACACACUGCAUGCCUGCUUCUUGACACAGACAGACCCAGGAGCUGAGUUUCUUUUGAACAAUGGGAUGGGGAGGGUUUUUUGUUUUAAGUAAGAGAGGCUUGACUACCAGAGAAGGAGACUGCUAAACCUCAAUGAAAGAAUCAGCUGUUUUCUUAUAAAUUCUGUGCAUCUCCUGUUGCACUCCUGCUCAGUCUGAUUCAGCAGAACUCGUGGACAUGCAAAGAAGCGGAAUGUUAGUUCAAGGAUGGAACUCAGUGAUGGCCACCAGCAAGGAAGGCUUUAAAGAGGGAUUGGACAAAUUGGUGGAGGGUAUCGGUGGCUCCCUCCUAGCCAUGGUGGCUGUGCUAAGGCUAUGCCUCCAUCAUCUGAGGCAGAAGGAGUUGUUGCAGGGGAAUGGGGAGCUUAAUGUGGGGGGAAUGGCAGUGGGGUCGGUGAGUGGAGUGAGCAGAGGUGCAGCAUCUAGAGUAUAUACUACGUCAACUGCAUCACUGGGUCACAGCUGACUAUAGAAAGGCUUGUACAAUGGGCUCGUGACUAUUGAUAACUUAUUUAGAAAGGUGCCUUCUUUCUCUCUUAGCUGGAGCAGAGCUCAGCAGCUUCACCUUGGCCAGAGCAGCACUAUGUGCAGAAACAAGAUGGAGUUUUGAACACUCUGGUAAGCCUUGUAGCUUCUUCAGCUGGAAAAAAAAAUCACCCAGAGUGACCUACAGCAAUCAGUUAGCUGCCCUCAGACUACAUAACAUGUAGGAAGAAAAACGUAAACUUGAGCACUUGCUCUUAUCUAGAGAGCGCUUACAAUGACCACCUGGAAUGCGAGAGGAGAAGCCAAAAGUUGCUGGUCCAGCUGAGCUGAUGGAGUGGUCCUGCUUCCCUUCUCUUCCUCCUGCUGCUGCUGCAGCCUGACAAAGCCCCUAAUGCAGUGUUUCUCAGCCCUGGGUCCCCAGAUGUUGUUGAACUACAACUCCCAUCAUCCCUGAGUUCUGGCCUUGCUAGCUAGGGAUGAUGGGAGUUGUAGUUCAACAACAUCUGGGGACCCAAGGUUGAGAAACGCUGCCCUAAUGCAUCCCUUCCUCAUGCUCUUCCGCAGCCUUUGCUCACGUAAUGAUUUCAUGUGAUUCUAAGGUCUCCGUCGGCAUGAAAAGUUGUGUACAGCCCUUAUCAUUUCCCUUCCCAGCUAUAGCUUUAGAGCAGGGUUCCCAAAGUGUGGAAGCAGCAAGGAGAGGAGGCUCUGCUGCCUUCAGAGGAGGAAGAAAACUGCAGCUGGGCCAAGAUGGGGCUAGGUCCUGAGUGGGGAGAAGAGACUGACAAGGCAUUUGAAAGGAGUGGAAAGUCAGUACAUGGGAAGGAAGGAAGCCAUGAGAAAGAGAGGGAAAGGCUGAGAGACAGCACGUGCAAAGCACAUUGCAGUUCCUAAGCAACAGGCAGAAAAAUCAUUAAGUGGUCUGCCAAGACCCUCAACAAUUUUCAAAGGGUCGUGGGUCAGGGAGAAAGUUUGUGAAUCACUUAGACAUGAUGACUUUCCCCAGGAGUUACGCUUUAGUUAUUAGAAGCACUGUUGCUGCAUCCGAUCGCUGCCUGUGGCCCUGGUGGCCUAACUGGGUUUCUGGGGGUGUUUUCAGCCUCAGGCUCUCUUCUGACUAUGGUUCCUUCUUGUGCUGUAGAAAUGCAAUGACGAGGAGUGCUUCCAGCUCCGCUGCCACAUGGGGGCAGUGCAGAGACAGAAAAGUGUCAGCUUGCGCCUCUACUUCCGCAUCUGGUCCAAGAGCUUCCAGCUGGUAAGCACAGCACCUGCCGGGAGCCUCUUCCAGGCCUCACUUUACAGCUGCAGAUUUGAUUUCGGGGUUAAGAAUCGACUUGAGAGAGAGGGAGAUUGCUGGGUGCUGGCUGGCUUUCACAGCAUCUGGUGUAUUGUGCUGAAACCCCUGCCAGCUCUUCCACCUUUCCCAGACCCUCUUGCCUCCACUGGAAGGACACACCACACACACCACACUUCUUGACUUGGCUCAGCGGAUCCACAUGAGAUCUAUUUACUUAUGAUAAAGGCUUAUAUCCCGCUUUUCAAGCAAACAAGCCCCAGAAUGACUUGCAACUGAUGAUAAGAAUCAGAGCACUUAUUUCUUGGUGGUGGAGCAAUGAAGAGAGGCAUGCAGCUGGUGUCUGUCUGUCUGAUCCUCUCUUCCACAUGGAAAUGUUGUUUGCCUAAAUAAAAUAGUCACUGCAGGAAGCCUUCCCUUCCCCAUACAUUUACUUUUGCAGGCUCAUCCCUUGGGAAGAGGGUAUGGGGGUUUUUUUUGUUUUUUUUAUGAUAUUUAUUGGGGGGGGGAAUUUUUAAAUUACACAAAAAAAAGACAAGACAGAAAAAGAAAAAGAAAAAAGAAAACCAUCAUUCUCAAAUUCUCCCCUUUCAAUACCUUCUUUCUUUGACCUCCUCCUCCUCCCUUUUCUUGUAUCCUGAUUAAUAAUAAUCGCAGCAAAUCCUUUCCAUAAUUCAUAGUAUUCUGUCAUUACAUUACCUUAAUCUAUUUUCAUCUUAUCUUAUAGAAAACCUUAAAGUUUAAAACUUAAAUCUUAUUUUUACCAACUUCUCCUAACCAUAACAUUCUUACCAAAUUCUUUAGACUAGACUCCAUGUGGUAUUUAAAAACAUGUUUCAGAUUCCCUCCAAAAUUGAGAGCCCCCACAGCUCCAAACAUCUGACGGCCCAUUGCCAGACUCGAAAAGUCCAAAUCUCCCUGUAUAGGGGGGUCUGUCCAACCCCCCAUUUCCAAACCAAACCAAACUUUAUCUUUCCAAGUCUGGUUUUUCCAAGUUCAUUUGUCAAAUCCAAAAUUUAUGUUCCUGCUGGGCCGCAGCUCCCUCCGUCUCUGGCGCCCAAGAUUCAGCAGCAUCCUCUUCUCUCAGCUGUUCUGUCAUGGCACACUCCUGUUUUAGCUCCUGGGUGGGCUCCAUAUAAUUUCCCACUACCUGUUCAAAGGUUCUGGCCGCAUUAGUCAUCAAAUCCGUCUUCUGGCUUAACUGAUCCAAUAGGGCAUUUAUUUUGCAGAGAGCACCCAACAGUGCUUCUGAAGACAUUGUCCUGCAAGGUCACAAAUCCUUUCCCACGGUUGUAAUCUGUGGCAGCUGCAAGCUCCCAGGAAUUAGUUACAAUUUCACAGUCCCCCUCUAGGGGGAAAUCUUCUGAUUGUUCUUUCUUUUAAAAACAAUAGCAACAAAGUUUCUUUUUUAAGGUAUUUUGUCCAUAUUUGUUCUUUUUAAAAUGCGAAAGGAAACAAUGGAAUCACUAUGUGUUCAGCGGUGGCUGAACAGCUUGGUAGGUUUCUGGAUGAAACAUCAGCUCUGGAUCCAUUCCAGUCUGGCUUCCGCGCUGGUCAUGGGACCGAGACAGCUCUGGUCGCCCUAACAGAUGAUCUCCGCAGGCAGCUGGAUCGAGGCAGGUCGGGGCUGCUGAUUCUUCUAGACCUGUCAGCAGCCUUCGACAUGGUUGAUCACGAACUCCUGGACCACCGCCUUGCCGACGUGGGGAUCCAGGGCACAGUCCUUCAAUGGCUGCGCUCGUUUCUCUCCGGUCGGGGACAGAGGGUGGCGCUUGGGGGGGAAUUGUCAUCCCGCCACUCCUUGGUGUGUGGAGUGCCUCAGGGUGCAAUACUCUGCGCGAUGGUUUUGAACUUCUUUAUGCGCCCCCUCGCCCAGCUUGUCCGGAGUUUUGGGCUGGGUUGCCAUCAGUGUGCCGAUGACACCCAACUCUAUCUGUUGAUGGAUGGCCAUCCUGACUCGGCCCCAGACACACUGACCAGAUGUUUGGAAGCUGUGGCUGGAUGGUUACGUGGAAGCCAGUUGAAGUUAAAUCCUUCGAAGACAGAGGUCCUCUGGCUGGGACGGGACGAUAUGGGAUUGGGGGGGCAACUCCCAUCUCUUGCGGGGUGCAAUUAGUGCCAGCACCGUCCGUUAAGAGUUUGGGUGUAAUCUUCGAUACCUCCCUCUCUAUGGAGGCGCAGAUUACAGCUAUAACAAAGGCGGCAUUUUUCAUCUCCGCCAAGCUAAGCAGUUGGCCCCUUAUCUCUCUCGCCCUGACCUAGCCACUGUGAUCCACGCGACGGUCACCUCCAGACUGGAUUAUUGUAACUCGCUCUACAUGGGGCUGCCCUUGAGACUGACCCAGAAACUCCAGCGGGUGCAGAAUGCCGCGGCGAGACUCCUUAUGGGGUCUUCGCUGCGAGAUCACAUUCAUCCGGUACUAUACCAGCUGCACUGGCUCCUGGUGGAGUACAGGAUCAGGUUUAAGGUGCUGGUUUUAACCUUUAAAGCCCUAUACGGCCUAGGACCCUCGUACCUACGGGACCGCCUCUCCUGGUAUGCCCCACAGAGGAACCUACGGUCUGCAAAUAAAAACAUCCUGAAGGUCCCAGGCCUCAGAGAGGUUAGGCUGGCCUCAACUAGAGCCAGGGCUUUCUCGGCUGCGGCUCCAAUCUGGUGGAACGCUCUGUCACAAGAGACUAGGGCCCUGCGGGACCUGACAUCUUUCCGCAAGGCCUGCAAGACAGAGUUGUUCCACCAGGCCUUUGGUCAGGGCCCAGCCUGACCCCCUCCUCUGGCAACCUGCACAGAACUUUGCUUAACGGUUGCCAUUAAUUUGAUUUUAAUUUGAUUUUAAUUAAUUUUUAUAAUGAAAUGUUUUAGAAUGUUGGAUUAUUUGAUUGUUUGAUUAUUUGUUUGUUGUUAGCCGCCCUGAGCCUGGCUUUGGCUGGGGAGGGCGGGAUAUAAAUAAAAUUUAUUAUUAUUAUUAUUAUUAUUAUUUUAACUAUCUGCCAAAGACAUUUGUUUCUGGUCAAUGAGCUUCAAACGUCAAUUCUGACACCCCGCUCCAGGAUCAGGACGGUGGAAAAUUACUUUGCUUUAAACUCACUUCUGCAGGUUUAAACAGCCCAAAAAAGAUCCCCCUUCUUCUCCUGCUGCCGAAGGGGGGUUCAGCGAUUUUAAAUGAUGAAAGCCAAUCCUUUGAAAGUGAUUUUUAAAGCUCUAGUUUAUGUUGUCUUUGCUUUAUUCUGGCUACAAGGAAACGGAAGGCUGACUUCCUGUUUAGACCUUACCGUUUCAGUACCAAAUUAAGGUAAAUUUUAAAGUCCAAAUUCCUUUCUAUUUCGCCAGUUCUUAUUUAAAGUCCAAAUGUUCAAUGUUCCAGUACUCACGGGUGGUUAUUUUAGGUGCCAAAUUGUCCCAGGAAAAAGGCAGCGCUCUCCGGCAACGGCUAUGCGGCUUCGCUCCGCAGAAAAAGCAAUUGAGUCCCAGCACUGCGCCACUUCCCCUCUUCGCCUGGAGCCCGUUAGUGGGUUCCUUUGCGGGUUGGGGGGGGCGCUAAGGGUGCCCGCCGAGUCCCACGGUCACAGGCUUCAUCCGCCUGUGAUUUCCAGAAGGGUCCCCGCUUCGCCGUAGCGGAAAAUACCCGUUUCAUGCGGAGCUGGUCCCUCCAGUUCAGAGGGAGUCCGCCAUUACCGAUGGCGCCACCCCGGAAGUCCGGGAAGAGGGUAUGUUUGACUCCACACUAGGUCUCUUCAGAGUCAGCUGGCCACAUACUAACCCAGGGCAUCCCAGGAUCUGGCCCUCACUUUUAUUUUAUCCCCUUUACACAUUUGCAGAAAGAGAAUAAUCCCCACACCAUACAGUGCGAAGCUGUCUACUACGUGCAGAAAGUGCCCUACAAAAUCCAGCCUCUAGAGAAACCCACCGCUUACCUCAAGGUCAGUAUUCAUUACCAUUAACUAUUGUUGAUGUUUAUUGUUAUAAAUCCUUGGUCGUGGUGACAAUAAUAGUAGUAUCCUGCUUUCAGGAUGCAGAUCUUUCCAAGGUAACUUACAAAUAGCAUUAGAAUCACAAAAACCUAGCAUGUCUUCAGGAUCCUCACCACAGAACAGUUGAGAUAGAUGGAGAGGGGAACAGGACAGUUUAGCUGGAAUACAUUUUGUUGCUUUUCAAACAAGUAAAAAAUUAGACUGCAGUCCUGUAUUCCAGAGGUGGGAAACUGGAUCUGACAGACUGGCCGGAUCAUUAUCAGCACAGGCCAAGCCUGACGGGGGGGCGGGGCUUCCCACUUGUCAGUCACUUGAUGUCACAAUGACACUGGGUGACUCAUUCUUCGAUAGUGCUAUGCUGCAGAAGCCCCAGUGAUCAGCUGAUGGUCAAUGCUUGCAAAGCACUGUGCAGGGAGCUUUGCAGGUGCUGAUGGUUAGCUGAUCUAUGGUGCCUGCAACCUCCCUUUGGGCCAGUUACGCCUUUGCCUGCCCAACAUCUGCCAUCAUAUAUGACAUCAGGGGACAUGAUUUGCAGGCCACUUGGGGGGCUGGGGACCCAGUUAGGCCCACCAGCCAGGGCUGCUGCACACACGUACUUGGGAAUAGGUCCCAUAGAACUCAAUUGGGCCUUCUUUCAGCAAGCUGUUGAAUCAUGCUGUUGAUCAAAGAGAGUGUUUUGCAGAUCUUUCUAGAUUGGAUCAGGGUCCAUCCAUGGAAUUCUGGUUCCAAUAGGAGGCAGCCAGAUACCUCUAGAUAGACGCUCACAACCAAGGAAUGGCCGCCUUUGGUGUUCGUUCCCUGUGCCUGAUACUGAGGAGACUGUUCCUGUACAUGAGGCUUCCACUUAACUUGAAUGGUUGGCAGCCUCUGGAUGCAAGACAGGUGAUAACCUUAUUCCUGCUUCCUUUCUGCUUCCUUUCUGCUGACAGGUGCAAACAUCACUGCACUGGCCCAAGGCAGAGACCAGUCAGGGGGUUCCUCUCUGGAUCAUCAUCUUAGCCAUUCUGAUUGGAUUGCUGCUCUUGGCGCUGCUCAUCUAUGUUCUAUACAAGGUGGGAUAACUGAAUUGGGAGAAAGGGGGGGGCAAGGUUCAGAGUUGGGGAUAAGGUGUUAGAAUCUCUGACACACCAGCUGCAAGUAGGACUGUAAUGACUAAAUUCAUCAGCUUAGGGUGCUCCACGUUUUUAUGCUAGACUGCUAAAAAGCUUUGCUUUCAAAUGCUUUUUAACAGCAGUUUCUUGGCCUUACAGUUGCAGAGAGCAAGAUGAACAAAUAAUAAUAAAAUUCCAAAUGCCAGAUGAACACUGUGCAGGAUUUCAAGUGGUAAUAAUGGGGUGUGGCUUCAGCACUCUGGACAGCUCCUAGCCCCUCCUUUCUCUAUUAUUUCUAGUCCCUGCAAUACCCACCCCGCACCCUCAUAGACACUUUGAGUCAUUUUUGCACAUUGCACAGACCUAAAUUCAGGUUUGCCAUUGCCUGCAUGCUCAACUGAGAGUUGCAGCUACACUGCAGUUACCUGGCUAAAGCACCUCCAACAGUUGCAAAUGUGUGUUUUCUGUUUUCUGUGCAACUAAAAGUGUCAUGUGUGAUGUCAUGUAUGAUACAGGCAGCAAGGAGCAAUGUAAUUCUGCCCUUCACAUGUAGCUGCCGCCGCAAGGAAUCUGGAGCAGCUGUAAUGUGUGAGCCUCCCCCUCAGUCCCUAACGUUCCUAAUUCUUGGAUUGUGGAAAUGAAAGACUUAGUGCAAACAACAACAAGAAGGAAAAAAGCAUGACACAUGUGAAUCCAUCUUUGGUCGCUUGAUGAUUACAACAUGCAGUCACAAUUUGCAUGUGAGAAUGCGCUGCUGCAAGUCCAACUUCUGUGUUUGCCCUGCAUUUUGAUGUAGUCAGUUCACAUAUUCAACAGAGACUUAGUGAUUUGUACACUCGUGUGAAUGAGUCUUAAGUGUGCUUAAUUUUCAUGAUUUAUUCUGCCUGCAGAGUUUUGGUUUAUUUUUAUUUUCUGCCUUUUUGCUAUUUUGCAAAAAAAUCUCAAUAACUUUUGUGUUCGUAUCUUCACUUUUUGAAAUAUGGCAACCCUAAUUUCUGUGACUUGUGCAAAAACCUCUCUGCUUUUACCCUAUGGGUGUUUCUAGUUUGGAGAUCUGUCUGAAAACUAGCAGGCAGGAUCUAUAAGAUGCAGUGGGCUAGAGUAGUGGAUAGAUUGGUGGAGCAGUCCCGCUCUUGUUUUGUACUGUUAUGGGUAAACUAUGCUGGGAAUGUCUCCUGGGGGAGUUUUCCUUCUUUUGGUUGUCUCCCCAUCACAAUGAAGGUGAGUAUGUAGAGAUGUGCACAAAGCAUGUUCAUUGCAGUGGUGUUUGCCCCGGAGAAGAUUCCUGGGUUGUACCUUUUACAUUAUAAGCCCUGAUCUUGUCUCUGUGUUUCCUCCACAGCUGGGCUUUUUCAAGCGCUCACUUCCUUAUGGCACGGCUAUGGAGAAAGCUCAGCUGAAGCCACAAGCAGCUUCAGAAGCCUAGCAGGCCCAGCCUUGCCCUCCAUGUAGGUGUGUUGCCGCUGCUGCCCUGCAAAGAGGCACCAGGAUCGUCCGCUGUGAGCACUGAGAAGGGGAGCACAGCCAACACCAGCAGGGCAGGGCCACAGGCACCGGGUCCCACGGACUGCUGCAGAGGCCAGGCACCUCUGCUCCUCACAGAGAAAGAGGCUGCAGGCUCUCGAGGCCCAGCGCCCUCCUCUCCCCCGAUUUCCCUGGGGCUUGGAUCCUAGAAAACCCAUCGUGCCCUGACUGGGGGUUGCAGCAAAGGCAUUUGCUCCCAGCAAAAAAGGGAAUACUUGAAGCCGCUGGAGCGGCCGGUGCUGGUCUGAUCUCAGGCCCCCUAGUGUCAAGCUGUCUGUUCCGUCCAUAUGUGGGGAAGGGCGCAGUGCCCUGGACAGUUUCCAAGCUGCCAGUCUCCUCUGAUAAUAACCACAGCUUGGCUGAAAGAGAAAAAGAAGCACAAUCACCUCCCGAGUCCAGCUCUUUCUCCGCCACAGGCCGGAACGAAGGAUCCUGGGCUCUCACUUCCGGUCUUCCCCCCAGCCUGCUUCCUGUGGGGGAUGAUGUGGGACAGAGACUUAAGCUGGGAAAGCCAGGUGCUCCCACAAUGCCAAAGAUUUGCCACGUUUGGAAGCCAAGCCAUCACCCGGUGUCGGCCCGGACUCGCCGACGGUCUUCGCACUGAUCUCCAGAAACCGCUAGAGAUUUUAUUUUUCAGAUGCCACUUUAAUUAAAAGAGGAUGAAGAAAUGAGGAAGCUGCCGCUGCCUCAUGGCAGAGACAGGGGUUGCCGAGUUUAAUUUAAAAUGUUCAUGUGCAAUAAAUGCUUCCAUAUUUUCCACAAUGCCUCUUUCCCCCCCUAAUUAAGGAUGAUGAACUGCAAGGGGUUGAGAAUGGAUGAAAAUCCCACUGUUGGUUCUUGUAGGUGAGGCUGGGAAUUCUGAUGAAAAAAAGCCUGAGUGAGAUGCAGGAAGGGCUUCAGCGAGAAACACCCCUAGUAAGGGCAAUAAUAAUAAGGGCGGCUCCCAACAGAAUACUAAAAACCACAAUAAAACAUCAAACAUUAAUGCCUUUAGGCGUUUUCUAAGU